UCCAUUUAACAAAGUUAUUUUGAGGCUGACCCCAAGUCUCACAAAAUUUACGCAAGAAUCGGGCCUUUUGGCUAGCCGGAGAAUGCUUUGACCCAGGCGGUGUUGGACACGGUCCGAAGGGCAUCAUGGGGAAAAAAUCAAAAACGGCUCAUUUGCAUCUGACCUUCGCUCUGUUCACAUCUCUCGUUACGCCAUAAAAUUACCGGGAGAAAUAGUGUGAUAUGGACAUUACAGGUCUUCUUCCGCUUUUAAAGGACGUAACAUGCGAUGUUCAUUUGAGAUCUUUCUCCGGGAAGGUGGCCGCAAUCGACGUUUACUGCUGGCUUCACAAAACUGUUAUUUUCUGUGUCGAAGAGGUUGAUUUUGGGAUCGAAGCAACGCGGUACGUAUCAACACGUCGUUCUUACAUGUGCCUAGAGUGCUUGAUUUUGAACGUAAGCUUCUCUUUAGCGCUCUUCUCACCACAGAUUUUUUUUCCAGGUACAUUGACAUGUGCAAGAAUGAUACUGAUCUUCUCAUCGAAAAUAAUGUGCAACCUAUUCUGGUUUUCCAGAAGAAGCUGGAGAGCAAGGCAAAUGUGGCAUCCUCCUCCGCUAACUUGUUGUUGUUGAGGACAACAGCAAGUUAGCGGAGUUUUUCUAGUCAUUUUUUUCCGUACGAAUUCAGUUUUAUCUGUUCGUUAUUUUUUGUAUGAUUUAUUAGGAACCAUGAAGAAUCUCGCACAGAAGGUUUAACUCUUUACGGACAAGGGCAGAAGGAAGAAGCCAAGGAACUAUUCAAAAAGGAGGGCCUAAGGGCCGCUUCCAUGACAUAUAUAUUACAAAAAAAAUAUCAUAUUUUUAAAGACGAAUAAAAAGGAAAUGAAAGAAAGUAUUCUGGGCUGAUCGUGUAGUGAAAGUAUUCUAAGCUGGUUCGAUCGUGACCGCGCGAGUAUAUUUAUAAUACGAAAGAUGCCGCGGAAUGGAGUCACGAUUCACGCACGUAGGUAAACUUCAAGUGGCAUUUUGACCCGUAAAACGGCGGGGCCCGCUGGGGCCCGCCGACCAUUUCAGAUUCUUGAACAACAAAACUAAUAGAUUAUGCUAAAAAUGGAGGUCAGAGGUCGUUGAACACAGAGAAGAUAUAGACUGAAAAGCAUAAACAAUAGCUCUUAACUAAACAAAGGGAUUAUUCGCAGGAAGAAUUACAACGAACAAUAUCAAUAGAAAACAAGCAUACAUCAUAUUGUUAUAAGAACUGCGGCUUGCUACAUCUGUCUACUCAAACUUUUCCACAAAAAAUUAUCGUAAAUCACUUGAUAAACGGCGAAAAUCGAAGAAAAUCGAAGACACUACCCGCACAAAGGUGAAAGAAUCAGUCCGCCAUCUGCAAUGAUGUGAUUAGACAAAAUUGGUCACGUGGACCGUGUCCAACACCGCCUGGCUUUGACCUGUACACAACGGGACCACAGUGUUACACUAACACUGCUAUUUAAAUGAAACGGUGUUACAUUCACUUUGCAUGAUAAAAAUAAUUAAUAUCUAUGUCGAAGUUAACUACAGUAUUUUAAACAUCUGUUUUAAAGUUUUACGCGUAGCUAUUGUUUGUUUCUUUGAACUAUUUCUCGUUUGCUUUCAUUUAAUCGUACAAAGUCGUGAUUCAUUUGUAUAUUUCAUUUACUUUUCAUUUAUAUAUUUAUUUGAGAAGCAAAAUUUUACUUUUACUCCUUUUUGUAAUAACAUCAAAAUGGACACGAUGAUCCGCGAACGUGAGUCAAAGCCAUUUCUAUUUUUCGAUUGGGAUCAUUUGCGGUCCAAAACAUUUGUGGAUCACUUACGGUCCACAUUGGGACAUUUGCGGUCUGCGGUACUGUACAGAAUAUCAUCAGCAAUCGCUGUGCAUCCCACUAGACUUGCCCUGCCAAUGCUUGAUCGAGUCUUCGUUGAAACUCCUCAGGCGUAGGUGAAAUGCCGAAUGGAAUCCUGAGCCACCUAUAUUUUCCCAUGCCGGGGUUUUACACAGCUUCUAUCUUAAUCAAAGGUAAUGUGUCAGACCAGAGAUUCGCAUCUAACACAAUGAAGCACCUUGCAUUUGAGUGGUUGGGAAGAGCAUCUUCAAUUGGUGGCAGAGGGCGUCGUUCAGUUGCUUAGGAUCCACGUACUACCUGAUGCUGCCAUUUUUCUUCAAGGUGAUGGCGGUUGCAGAUAUCCACGCAGUAAGGAUAUUAACUGUUUGGAUGAUGUUAGCCGCUUCCAAGCAGUUUAGCUCUUCUUCGAAUUCUUUCUUUGAUGAAAAUUGGCACCUUACUUGUGAGAAGCUGAACCGGCGUAACUGUUGUGUCGAUCUCUACGUAUAGGUCACUUUCUAGCAUUCCUUUCCAAUUGAUUAGCCUUCACUGCAGGGGUGCGAAAACAGGCACAAGGAAAACACGGAAUAUAUCACAAAACUCAUUUACCCCAGACAAUUUGUAAUAUAGUGAAUAUCAAUGAAAUAAAAUUGUUUAUAUGUACAUGUAAUGUACUUUUUGACCCUUAAUCGGUUCUGAAUGUUAAUCAACCUGGCUUUUGUUCUUCUUCAGAGGAGGCCUUUGGGAUCUUUCGAGCCUACAUUUAACGUCGCUUCUGUGUGGGAAGCUGGCUACACUGGUAAAGGAAUUCUUGUGGCAGUAGUUGAUGAUGGAGUUGAUGGCAGCCAUCCUGAACUACGUUCAAAUUAUGUAAUUUUACUCUAAUUUAUUUUUCCCAUGUAAACUAUCAAAUUGUUGUUAAAUGCAUGGACUAAGCGAAAGUUGUUAGAAGCUUGGUUGCCAAUACCAUGGGUACAUGCACCUUAAGGUGGGGUCUGCUUAGAUCUAUAAGCUUCACCAAAUAUUAAUUUUCUAACUAAUGAAUUAGUUAUAAUAAGUGAUCAAAAUCAAGUGACGCUAUAGACUAUAGUAGCUUGUCCUUGGAUUUUUUCUAAUAGUUAACAUGACUGAAUGUAAUUUAUUUAAACUUCCAAUUCAGUGAAUUUGUUAUUAUUUACUCUUUGAUUUACAGUUGUUGAUCUCUCUAUUCGUAAUUGCUAAUUAAAAUAUAAGUUGUAAAGUAUAUUUUUAAGGACCUAGUAUAAGGCGACUUAGAACUAAAACUGAUCGUAAAUUAAAAUUAAAUUCAUUCCGCUAAUGCCCGGAUUAUUUAAUCAUCGAAGGAAUCGGUUUUCCAGUAAUGAAUGAAUUCGACGGUUAACAGCAGGAAAACUUGGCCGGCAUUGACUGUCCUUAUUGUAAAUACCUAGUAGUAUUGUUGCAUUAACUAAGAGGGAACAGUAAUGCUGCUUCAUCAAAUUGUGCUGUAAUUGAUGAUAAAUGUUUGUGAACCGCCAUCUUAAUUUGUUCGUUAAGCUAGACUGGCAUCAUUAUUUUUAGUAUUAUUGUUUAGACGUGUUUGUUCAUUACGUUUGGUCUGUAAUAAUUGUUUUUCUUCUUUAAACAUGUAGAAUUUGACAGCAAGUUAUGAUUACGUUGAUGGAACUCCAGUUCUUUUUGGGAAACCAGUGCCAGGGUAAGUGGCUGCUUCGUUCCUCUCAAGAUUAUCACUAUUUGUUACGGUUGAACCUCCUUUAAGCGGCCACUUGCCGUUACUCCAAGUGUGGCCGCUUGAUGGUGUUGGUCACUUUGAAGUGACUGUUAAAAUAGAGGUUCUUCAAAAAUUAUCAUAGCCGGGCGUCAGCGCGGGCGCAGCGGAGCCCCAUGGCUAAAGAAAAUUGGAAACCUAUGAAUUUGAUCCGAGAAAACUUGGUUAUGACGUCAACGUACGCUCUUAAGACCGUCCGUACAGACGCUGAGGGUAGGGGUAAAAAACUCAGUAGGGUACGAAAGAUGGCAACCAACGGAGCUGCUCUAGUGAUGUUUCUUGUGCUUGACUAACGACAAAAUUUUGCGAAAAAAAAAUUAUAAUGCUUUGCUUUUUGCUUGAUUACGCUUUUGGUCACGCCUCAGGGGCAACCUUGUCUCCCCCACCCCCCCCACCUUUGGUCAAACUUUUGACAGGUGAAUUCGUGGGUGAAAACUUAUGCAGCAUCCAGAAAUUUCUUCGCCGACAGACUACAUGCCAGCAACUGAAGCAUUUUUCAUUUCAGUUGAUUAUCGAGUUCUUGUACUGCCGCCGCAAAAUGAAAUACACCUACUUUCAAGAUUCUUUGUCCGUUUUUCAAAACUGAAUUGUUUAUUUGGUUUUUCGUCGAGGAAUGUGUAAAAGGGAUUCAUCCAUGGUUGCUUUUUUGCUGGUUUUUGACAAUUUGAUGCAGGGCACUACGGUGGACUACUGGAAGAUUCCUUUAACCUUUCAAAUUAUUAACUGUUCGUGGUCUUCCACUGCCGCCACAAAAUGAAAUACAGUUGGUUUGUUUAUUUGGUUUUUCGGUUGAGGAAGGCCACGCCACUGGAUUCAACGAAAGUGAAUGUUGAACAUGCAGGCUUUCGCAGCAGAGUACAGGAAAGGUUUCUGAUAACGUCCCUUAUGAUGCAUGUUUUGUUUUGUUUUUUUGUUUUUGUUUGGUUGUUUCUUGUUGUUAUUGUUUUUUUGCAAUGAUGUAGCCCGGUUAAGAUGACGUUAUCAGCAGUUUUCGUGGCUCCAACAAUGUUUAUGCCCUUCCUUCUCUGUGACCACGGUGCCCUGUCUUCCAACAAUUGCUACACCUUAUCUGCUGUAUGUUUAUACCACUUAAAGCUUGUUUGUCAAUUGUCUGCCAUGCGUAGCUAUCUGAUGUGUUUAAAUGUGUAGUGUAUACACCGAAAGCAAAUAUGGCGGAUCUCCCGGUCGGCCCGGGUCUAGUUGCGCGAAAGCGAGGCUAGUGAAGCCUCGGGAGUUUUGUUUUGACUGUGCGUGUUAGCGAUUCAGUCAAUCAAUUUGGUUUCCUUCGAGUUGUUACGUGCUUAAGAGCCAUCAAAGAGGAGAUUUAACUCCAGCAGAGACGAAAAGUUGAUUAUCUUCGCGUUGCCAAGGUUCUUUACGAAGAAAGAAAUAGAUUCAAGCGGUUCGGCGCGGCGAAUGGAGGCACUUUUCUAUCACGGAGUUAAAAGAACGAAAGCGUGCUCGCUUCACUUCAGAAGAGAAGACUCACGAAACUAUUAGAAUGGGCGAAUAACUGAAAGAUUCAUGGUUCUGUUUCAAGUUUGCUUUGUCCGUUCUCUUGCCAAGGAAAGGUAAAUAUCCUCGAGAACGAGUGAAUCCGCCGUCGCGACUUACCAAUGGUUAGACGCUCUCAGGGACAGAACGACAGACAACAAGGCCGAAUGUUUUCACAAUCUUCACGAUCCUGUGUUCAAGAGUUUGAGCAGUGCCAUAAAAGAAGCAAUUUUUGGAAAAUCGCUGUUAGUUUAUCUCGAAACCAUUCGUUAAGUUGCUAAAAUAGAUCACGCGCAAGGUCAAAUACAAUGCUCGAAUACUUGCACGCUCUUUCUCUCCCAGAACCUUUUUCCUUCUUCUUACUUUCUUAGUUGGCAACAGUUCCUCUGUUAGUUUUUUCAGUGCACUUUGGUCAAGGACUGUUCUUGAAAUAUGUGGCUUUCUUCUGGUUCUUACAUAGUUUCACAGGCCAUGCUUGUAGGAUUAACAGGCGAUUGUUAUUGUUGUUGUUAUAUUUUGAUGCAGCUGUUUUCAGCGUGAAAUCUAAAAGAUCUUACAGUCCACAGCGGAUGCUCCCAUUCUCGAGAAUGUUUACCUUUUGUUGGAUAAAUAGCAGACCAUGCAAACAUCUUGGACCAGCACCAUCUCUUGGGAAAAUUACUUCAUUCAAAUACUUUCGUGACUCCUCUCAUCUAAAGGAAGUGUUCGAGCACACUUUCGCUGUAAAGUACGUCCCAUCGCCGCACCAAAUCGCAUGAAUCCUUAACUUUCUUUGUGAAAAGAUCUCGGGAAAGUAAAGGCUAUUCCAGCUAGAGUAAAAUCUUCUUUUUGGUGGCCCUCAGGCAUGCAACAACUCGAAGCAAACCAUAUCGAUCGACUCAAUCGCUAAGGCGCGCAGUCAAAAUAAAGCUCUUGAGGCCUCACGUGCACUAGCCUCGCUUUCCCGCAACUAGACCCGGGCCGGCUGAGAGGUCCGCCAUAUUUGCAUUCGGUGUAUAAGCUUUCCGACUCGUACAUAGAUAAGUGUCAGUGCACAGCUAUUAUACACAGUCUUCUUCCUGGAUCUAGCAAGUUAAGCUAAGUUUAAAACAACGUCGCUUAAGUUGCAGGCAAUGACGAAAAGGGUCUAGGUAACUCUUGAAUGAUUGGCAGAACUGUUGUUUAUUUAGAGCGAUUUUCGUGUGACCUUGGAAAAUGGUUUUGGUUAGUGUUCGUUAUUUGUUUUAUCAGCCAGUGGAUGAAAAGAUCAAAACAUGGCCUCUUCGUUUUCCCUCCAAAGAAAACCCUAAAAUGGAGAAGGCAUUGUUCGAUUGGCCAAUCGUGUUGCAGUAUGACGUCAAAGCGAAGUAUCGGUUAAUUUCUUGGCCUGAAUUUCAGACGAUUACUUCGAGUCGCUUUUACUCCCUCAGUAACGUCUGAAUCGACCGGCCGUUAAUGCCGUCCAGUGACGUCACUACUCCUUUGCUUUAAUUCAUGCAAAAAGUAAAACACGAUUUUUAAGUGGCAAACCAAGAAAUAUCGUUUGGAAAUGUCUACAUGAUACAGAAUUGCUUUACUCUUUUCGAUCGCAAUUCAUGUUUAACGCUCAAACUGUCAACUGCAUGCAGUACUCUGAACCGGAUAUAAUUCAAUAAUCAAACUCGAUCGCAAUCAGGCAAUGAAAUAAAUACACCUGCACGGACCACUUAGUUCAAAAACACAACGAUUUGCUUUAAUUGAAAAGAAGCUAUUUGGUCCUUAACGAAGAAGAAAGAAAACAAGGAAACAAGAAAUUACACUCGACGGUGGAAAUGACAAGAGGUCGAAUUAUAACUGAUUUUUAUCUAAGGACUUCGCAUAAACAAAAUCACUGUCGAAACCACAAAGCGGCGGAAAGCGGCUCCAAAUGAAAAACCGACUCUCCGCUAUGAUUCUUCAUUCGUAGUUCAAUUUAGCAAUUUAGUUUUGGAGGUAAGGGUGAUUUUGCUGUUUACGAUGAAGAUUGUCGAAAUGUUUGAACUACACGCAAGCAUGCCAGGGAUACGAUCCGCUGAAUAUCAAAUGAUAAUCCCGCUAAACAAUUAUGCGAAUGUUUAGCCAAUCAACCAAUCAAAAUCACUACCUGGUUUUCGGGUCAUAGUGACUUCACUAGACGGCAUUAACGGUCGGUCGAUUCAGAAGUUGCUGAGAGGAGAAAACGACUCGAAGAAAUCGGAUGAAAUUCAGGCUGUUGAUUUCUAGAAAGUUUUCGGGCGUGAAGGUUUUUCGCCCAAGCGUUCCGUUAACGAACCAAAAGCCACGCGCGUUUGAAUCCGUUCAAUUGGUUUUGUUUUGUUCGCGCGUUUUCAUUUCAAGGUCAUACGAAAACGGCUCUAUAUUCACUUGCGGGUUCUUAAUAAGAUGCCUGGUUCUUGGAUUUCGUGAUUUAGCUAGAAACCAAUAAGGCUAUUCAAGACAAAAACAGCGGAUAACUGCAUCUUUUCUUGGAGAGCGGAUAGUCCGUAAUGAGGUACCGCUGAGGGAACAGUUUGGCUCUCUAAUAGCGGAGCUACUUGCGCGCGCGAAGCGCGCUCGAGCGGAGCACCAUAACUAAGAUAAUUUGGUAAACUAUCCAUCCGAGAAAUUUUGGUUAUGACGUCAGCGUACGUCCGUCCGUACGGACUUUCCGGGUAGUGGAAAGUAGUCCGCGUGGACUCUUGGGGUAUGGGAAAGUAGAUUUUUUGGCGGGAAAUCGCACGGCGCAACGUCGCGCAAUUAUAUCGGGCAACUUGUUUUGAAAAACAAACUUCAAAGCAACUUAGCAAAAAGAUUUUUCGACUGAGCCUUUAUAACUUUUUAUUACAACUUUCGAAAGCUAUUAUGGCAACAAACAACAGCAGAGAGAUUUUAGCGUGUAGACGACAGGUUUUAAGCAGAGAGCAAAGAGAAGGUGAACGGCAGAGAGCAAGAAUCAACACGCGUAGAGCAAGCGAAGACGAUCGCCAAAGAGAGCGCGUUAGAAGUAGAAGAAGAAGACGAAUUUUUAGCGAAGGAAGUCGGCAAGUAGAAAGAGUCAGGGCGAGAAGAAGGAGAGAAAAUUAUAGUGAAGAACGCCGGCAAGCAGAACGAGACAGAGCUAGAAUGAACAGACAAAGGCAACACGAAAGAGAAAUACAAAGGCAAAGAGAACGGCAGCAAAAUAAUGACAUGAUGACAGAAAGUGUCGUGUUAAUGUCACUAUGGCCCCGCGCUAUUAACAUUCUGAUUUCAAACUGAUCUCGGACGCGAAAAUUCAGCCAGUCAUUUAAAAAUGCAAGCAGGGAAGACAGAGGCUUUUCACUUUUCUCACCAUAGUCACGCGUUGAUCACGCUCUACGACCUCCAAUUUUUAUACUCUGAUUGGUCAAAAUUUGAUAGGUGAGUUCAUGCAGAAAAUUUAUACAGCAUCUUGAAACUUGUUUACUUUGACAGCUGAAGCUUACAGAGUUUUUUUGUCAACUUGUGAUGUUUUUUACUGUCUUUUUCCACUGGAUGCAUAAAAUUUCUCUCCGCAAAUAGAAAGAAAAAACGUUCCGAAGAGUAUUUAGUUAUAAUUUUGACUGUAGAAAGAAAGCCUGUCUUGCCUCAAGUUUAUCUUUGAAAACAGUUAACACCAGGAAGCCGGCUAAAAGCUUUAAGGCAAGCUUAAGUUUAAAGACUCAGGAUUUUUAGAGACGCUUUAAUACUUGUCUUCGUGAAUGAAAAUUGUUGUCUCUGUAAAUGUUUCACCGAAUUGCAUUUCUUUUCUUGAUUGUUAGUAGUCUCUUGCAAUUCUUGAUCGCUUUGCCGUUUGUUUUCAGUCGCUCAUAAACAUCGCUUGCAGGAGUACUCAAAAUGCCGCGCGUAUCAAACGCUUUUUAAGAUUCCACAUCGUUAUAAAACCAUUAUGUAAAAAAAUAAACACAAUAAAUUCUUUAUUAUGUUGAAGCGUAACUCUUUUAAUGUUCACUGAAAAUUUGGUGCUUGUCAAAAGUGAGAACCGGCUGGCCCUAUAGAUGAUUUUGGAAAUUUUUUGAACGGUUUUGCUAAAAGCCCUCGCUUGCUUCGUACGGUUCUGAAAAAAAAAAUGAUUGAAUGAGUACAAUUUGUCUUGAGAAAUUGUGAAAUACUGCAUUUUGUCCGUGGUCUGUAUGAUAAAAACAGCUCCUCAUAUUACUGUUUCAUCUCAGAUGUGAUGUAUAAAAAGUAUGAAAUGUUGGUUUACACGCACCCAGAUUUGUUGGCAAGAUUUUGUUAAGUAAACUUGUCGAAGGCAACAAAUUCAGCCUGAUUUGUUUUCCAAGAAUUCGUUUUCCAGGCCUAAUCGACUGUGAUCAAGAGCCAUUAUGGUUCUUAAAUGUGAUCGAAGAUGAUUGCUAUUUUUUGGGUGUAUAUAUACGGCUAUCAACUCGAUGUAACAAUUUUUUUUCACUCAAACAUCACUUAGCCGUAGCUUUCCCUUAACAGUCACAUAUGUGCCCUUAACUUAACUGUGGCUCCUAGCCAGCCAAGGACCGCGCGGUAGUGUAAUUUUCGCGCCCUUUUGGGGUCAGGUGACCAAGCCGUUAUUUUUAAGUUGCAUGAUCGUUAGCUCGGCGGUCAGAGAUUACUUCGCUCGCUAGUUCAGCGAUGGAUUUUGAUUUUUCUGGACAAAUUUAUAAUAGGCUCACAAGGUAUUAGUCUUUCUUUCGUUUCCUCUUUUAUUUGGCUUAUUAUUUCGCCUGUUGUAAUUUUCUAGUUAAGUUUGUAUUCGUAUUGUUUACUUAGUAUAUUUCUCGUCGCAUGUAGUUAAGAUCUUUCAAUUGUAUUUUCCUUUCUAGUUUUACGUCAACCUUAUCUACUUGUCAGUAAAACAACAGCCGUUUUUCAGUGUUAGAAUUCACCGCGUUUGAGUUGUUGUCUCAAUGUGGUCACAGUAAAACGUGUGCCGUACAAGAUUCGAACCGCUCUUGUUGAGAGUUUGGAAUCAUGGACUGGACUUCCGAAGUUGUGGAGGAUGGAUCGGAUUUGAACUUCGAUGAAACAGCAGUCGGGCUAGAUUUACCUGGAGUCAGAAGGAGUACUCGCGUUCGCGUUCCUACUGAGAGGGGACUGGAUUAUCAGCUCCCUCUUAGGAAAAAUAAUUACAAUCAAUGUAAGAAGAAAUUAGAAGAUAAGCUAAACGCUCUGGAUAUGAGCUGGACGGAGCUGUCCGAUGCAGAGGCUUUGAGCAAAGAGAGAACGUUUAUAGAAGAUUACAGAAAGGCCCUUAUGGAGGGAUCCUCGGAGUUCGUGCUGCUAUUACCAAGCGAAUAUGCCAAUGAUGUGGCUCGUGAAACAGAUUACUUGAACAGGCAAGCAAUGGAGUUGAGGAAAAGGAUUAGCGAAAGGAUUUUCAAACUGGAAAAGGUGGAAUUGCGGUCGCGUCGUAAUGGAAAAACGUCAUCCUCCAAGAAAAGUAGUCGUUCUUCUAAGCACUCAAGUGCCUCCCAAAUUUCUUUAAUGAAGAUUAAAACUAUGACUGAGUUGGCCACGAGGAAGGUGGAAAUGCAAUAUGCAGGAAUUGAAGCUCAAACGUAAAUGGAAAUGCAAAGGAAGAAAUUCAAAGAUUGAAGAGUUAUGAAAGUGCUAAAGCAGAAGCAGAUGGGGUGGCGAAGAUAGAAGAUGAAGAAGGGAACCCCAAGUUGCUGAACCUUGACCAAUUCGGGAUCACUAAAGACGAUAAGGAGGAACGGACUCGCAACUAUGUCUCAUCUUUAACAACUCUCUCCUCCACCGGCAGUCAGGAUCCUUUACCAUUCUUGUUUGAACCUUCGGCUAAAGAUGAACAUCCUUCCAUGUCGCCAGAAAUGGCCCUUGGCACACAGCUAAACAUGGUGCAAGGAACUAGCUCGGAUCAAAAGGAAACCCAAGAAAGUGUGCAAGACCUGCCGGGGAAGAUUCCGUCUCGUUCAGUACCAAGCGUUGCUUUCACCCAGCCCUUUAGUGGACCUGCCAGCACUGAAAAUCAGCACCAUGCAAUCGCUGAGGCGAUAGCGGAAGGCAUGGAGGCGGCAAGAUUACCGACGCCUCACCUAACAGUAUUCAGUGGAGACCCCCUUGGUUGGCCAACAUGGAGGGUUGCCUUCGAAACUGUGAUUGAGAAAAGGGCUACUAACACGAACGAGAAAAUGCUGUACCUUCUGCAGUACUUGUCGGGGCCUCCUAAGAAAAUUGUCGAAGGAUAUCAGUUCGUCCAAACUGGUGACGCUUAUGAAGAAGCUAAGAAGAUUCUUGAAAGACGAUUCCGGCACCCCACUGUUGUUGAAGAUGCUUUCCGCAAAAGGUUGGAAGGUUGGCCAAAGAUUCCACCCAAAGAUGGAUCCGCUUUGCGAGAAUUUGCAGAUUUCCUCAAAACAUGUGAACUGGCCAUGCAGUGCAAAGAAGAUCUUGAAACCCUAAACAAACAGCAUGACAAUAAGCAGCUGCUAAAGGUUCUGCCUGGCUGGGCACUUCCUAAAUGGGGAGUCGGAGUGAGAGACUAUCAAAUCAAGCACGGUGACAGCAAGUUUCCCCCCUUCUCGGAGUUUGUUAAAUUCGUUGCUGAGACUGCAGAAAUACAGUGCCUUCCUGUACUUACAAACUUAGACACGAACAGAUUCACGAAAGACAUCAAGGCCAGAAAUCCCAAAACAAGGUUUGGAAGUCGAAAGGGUGAUGACGCUAACACGCUUGCUACAGGAGCAAACAAAGGGCCAACACCAAAGGAUGAAAGGAAAGCAGCCUGACGUUGCUGUGGUUAUAGGUCACAUGAUCUUGAUUCGUGCAGAGACUUCAUGUUGAGACCCCGGAAUGAGAGAAUCCAGUUCAUCAUAAGAAAGGGACUUUGCCUAAAGUGCUUAACUCAUGGUCACAUGGCAAAAGAGAACAAGUGUGAAAGUGUUCCAAGUUGGAAGAAAUGCAAACAGAAACACCCAACCUGUCUGCACAAGGAAAAUGCUAAUGAAGCUGAGGUACAAAUUCCUAAGGCAUCAGUUAGCUGUACAGGCGCCUCCAAUGCAGAGAUUAUCCACCCUGAUGAAGGCGAUGCUACAGCUAAGUGCACAAGUCUCUGCUCCAUUGAAGGUCAGCAGCUCGGACAUGACCAAAGCUUGAUAGUUCCAGUUUGGGUUUCAAGCUCUAAUGAUGACCAGUGUGUUCUGACGUAUGCCCUGAUUGAUUACCAGUCAAAUGCCAGUUUCAUCACAGACCAGUUAAGGGAGACGCUGAAGGUUGAUGGGGUAGAAAGUCACCUGCGCUUGUCAACGAUGCACAAAGAAGAUGAGUUGAUCCAAUGCAAGAAAGUACAAUGCCUCGUGGUAACAGAUUUCAAGAGACAGGUUAGCAUCCCCUUACCAAAGGUCUACACGAGAAACAGUAUACCGUACAAGCCCUCUCAGAUUCCAAAGCCUGAGGUUGCCAUGCAGUGGGAUCAUCUUAACCGUAUUGCGUCGGGGCUCAUGCCUUACAGAGAUGAUAUAGAGGUCGGACUGUUGAUAGGAACUAACUGUCCUAAGGCUAUUAAGCCACGUGAAGUGAUACCAGGAGCAGACCAUGAUCCAUAUGGUAUCAAAACUGACCUUGGAUGGGGUAUUAUUGGCAGAGUGUGUAAGACUCCACCUGGAGAUUAUGAAGACUCGCCUGGAAGUUGGACGAACAGAAUUGUGUCAUGAGAGGAGACAAGCUUUGCCUUGGAGACUAGGACGAAAGAGAUCAUAAGCCCUGCGUGCGUUAAGCAGAUGUUUGAAAGAGACUUUCAGGAGAUAGUUGAACCUAAGAAUUCACAUAUGCGAGCCCCGUCAGUUGAUGACAGAAGAUUUCUAGAAAUAUUGGUCAAAGGUAUCCACAAGACCAGUGAUGGCCACUACGAAAUGCCGUUACCGCUUCAUUCACAAGAUGUUAAGCUGCCUAGCAACAAAUCUCUAACGUUGAGAAGAUUGCUUACGCUAAAGGCGUGUUUCAAGAGAGACCCAAGUUUUCACAAAGAUUACACUGACUUCAUGGAGGAAACCAUUAAGAAUUGUGCAGAGGAAGUUCCUUUGGAAGAAAGGUUUAACAGUGCAAUCGGAGAAGGCAAGAUUAACUACGUUCCACAUCAUGGGAUCUACCAUCCCAAAAAACCUUCACAGAUAACGAUGACGGAGAAAUGGAAUUUGGCACGAACGCGGCAAACUUUGUGCGUAAAGAAUUUUAUGUAGACGAUGGAUUGAAGUCAGUACCAUCUGUUAAAACUGCCGUCGACCUCAUUCGUAACACACAAGCCAUGUGUGCAAAAGCUGGCCUCAGAUUACACAAGUUCAGCAGCAAUAAGAAAGAAGUCAUUCAGGCUGUUGCCCCGGAAGAUUGCGCAAAAGGAUUACAAGAAUUGGACCUCGCGUGUGACCCCUUGCCAAUAGAACGAACUCUCGGCAUCAUGUGGUGUGCUGAGUCAGACACCUUCCAGUUCAGAAUCGUUAUUCAAGAUCGUCCACUUACUAGAAGAGGGAUCCUGUCCACCGUGUGUUCUGUAUAUGACCCACUUGGUUUUGUGGCACCCCUCAUUCUGAUGGGAAAACAAAUACUACAAGAUUUAUGUCGUAACAACGCCGACUGGGAUGACCCAAUUGGUGAGAAGCUUAGACCAAAAUGGAAACAAUGGCGAAACGAGUUGCACGAGCUGGAGAAACUCAAGAUACCUAGAUGUUACAAACCUGAGGGUUUCGGUGAAAUUAAAGAAGUGGAGGUGCAUCAUUUCUCUGAUGCAAGCUUAGCAGGAUAUGGUCAGUGCAGCUAUCUGCGUCUUCUAAAUAAGGACAAUCAAGCCUACUGUUCCUUUCUUAUGGGAAAGGCCCGUGUUGCUCCGUUAAAGUUCAUAACAGGUCCUCGAUUAGAGUUGCAAGCUGCUGUCGUUUCGAUUAAAAUAAGUCAAUGGCUGCUGAAGGAACUUGAUUACCAAGACGUAUCAGAAUUCUUUUGGACAGACAGCAGGGUUGUGAUUGGUUACAUCAACAACGAGACUAAGCGCUUUCACACCUUCGUGGCAAAUCGCAUUCAGCAGAUUCAUGAUCACACCGGCCCUCAACAGUGGCAGUACAUUGAAUCAAAGUCGAAUCCAGCCAAUUCCGCCUCUCGAGGCCUUACAGCUCGUCAGCUUGUAGACGAUGAUUCCAGGUGGGUUAGAGGCCAAAACUUCCUCUGGAGUCCGGGUGCUUAUCGAACAGAAGUAGAGGAAAAUCCGCAACCACUAGAUUCUGACGCCCCCAAAGUGAAGAGAGCAUCACUGGUGAUGCAAACAAACGAGACACAUCCAGUUCAUUUUGAGAUUAGCCGAUUGGAUCGGUUUUCCGACUGGUUCAAAGCAAAGAGGGCUAUAGCAGUUUGCUUGCGACUUAAACAGCGUGUAAAGGAGGGAAAGGAAGCUGAGCAAGUCGUCAGAUACCAACCGGUGAACGUCAAUGAAAUUGGUCAAGCGGAGAUAGAAAUUAUUCCCUGCCUUCAGCAUGAGCAUUUUAAGGACGAAAUCAAGAUCUUGUCAUCGCUGCAAGAAAGUGAAGAAUUCCAUGAUAGGAAAACAGCCAAGCAGCGCAACUUCAGCCUCAAGAAAUGCAGUAGCUUAUACUGACUCGAUCCGUUCUUGGAUUCAAAUGGCAUUUUGCUUGUAGGGGGACGCCUUAGAAGGGCCAUCAUAUCAGAAAAUGUUAAACACCCUGUUAUCUUGCCUAGAAAGUCACAUAUCACUUAUCUUAUUCUCAAACACUGCCAUGAAGAGACCCAGCAUCAAGGUUAUGGAAUGACACAUAAUGAAGUGCGUCAACACGGUUACUGGAUAAUUGGUGGCACUUCUGCCGUCUCUCGUUUUGUUUCUAAGUGUGUCAUGUGCAGAAGGCUGCGCCUCCUUCCGCAGCACCAGAAGCUAGCCGACCUUCCUGAAGACCAGAGAGAACCUGCAGCUCCGUUUACAUCCAGUGCAGUAGAUUACUUUGGUCCCUUUGUGGUGAAAGAAGGUCGUAAGGACGUGAAGAGGUAUGGCGUGUUGUUCACAUGUAUGUCAUCUCGAGCCAUUCAUAUUGAGACCGCAAAUACACUGGAAACUGACUCAUUUUUCAACGCCCUUAGACGCUUUCAAGCAGAACGUGGUCCUAUUCGCCAACUUAGGUCUGACCAAGGUACGAAUUUUAUUGGCGCCCAUCGAGAACUAAAGGAAGCUUUGAAGGAGAUAGAUCAAGAUAAAGUGCGCAUCAGCCUGUUGAAAGAGAACUGUGAAUGGGUUGAUUUCAAAUUGAAUUCCCCCUCUGCGAGCCACAUGGGUGGCUCAUGGGAGCGUCAAAUUAGGACAGUUAGGAGCGUACUUGUCCCCUUGUUAGAAGAAUGUGGCAGCCAACUGAACGAUGAGAGUUUCCGUACUCUUAUGAAAGAGGUCCAAGCAAUAGUUAACUCUAGGCCACUGGCCUUGAAUGACAUGUCGUCUCCCGAUUCAGCAGAACCUCUAACGCCAAAUCACUUGUUGACGAUGAAGAGUAAAGCACUGAUGCCUCCCCCAGGCGUAUUCGUUAGAGAGGACAUCUACCUUCGCAAGAGAUGGAGAAGAGUCCAGCACUUGGCAAACGUGUUUUGGGAAAGAUGGAGAAAGGAAUUUCUGCAAACACUCCAGCUGCGGAAGAAAUGGGUCAAACCACAGCGUAACAUGCUUGUAGGCGACAUUGUCGUGAUUAAAGAUGAGAACUUACCUAGGAACAUGUGGAAAUUGGCAAGAGUUGAAGACGCUUUUACAAGUGAAGAUGGCCUUCUUAGAAAGGUGAAGCUUGCUAUCGCCACGCGCAGUCUUGACAAGCGAGGACGAAGAAUUGAUGCUGUUCAUUACCUCGAGCGACCAGUCCGCAAGUUGGUUCUUAUCCAGGAAAGUGACCUGGAAUUCCCCGACGAGGAGCCGCGUUAACGCUUGAUCGGAACUUUGUCUUAGAACUUGUAAUCAUUUGAUAAAUAUGUAAGGAACACUUUACUUUAGACAGUGGAUUCCCACUGUGGGGAGCCAUGUGGCUGCUAGGCAGCCCAGGACCGCGUGGUAGUGUAAUUUUCGCGCCCUUUUGGGGCAGGUGACCAAGCCGUUAUUUUUAAGUUGCAUGAUCGUUAGCUCGGCGGUCAGAGAUUACUUCGCUCGCUAGUUCAGCGAUGGAUUUUGGUUUUUCUGGACAAAUUUAUAAUAGGCUCACAAGGUAUUAGUCUUAGUCUUUCUUUCGUUUCCUCUUUUAUAUGGUUUAUUAUUUCGCCUGUUGUAAUUUUCUAGUUAAGUUUGUAUUCGUAUUUGUUUACUUAGUAUAUUUCUCGUCGCAUGUAAUUAAGGUCUUUCAAUUGUAUUUUCCUUUCUGGUUUUACGUCAACCUUAUCUACUUGUCAGUAAAACAACAGCCGUUUUUCAGUGUUAGAAUUCACCGCGUUUGAGUUGUUGUCUCAAUGUGGUCACAUUAACUGAUUUGUGGAUUACAAGUUUAUUGUUUGAUUUAAAUUAUAAAUUUAUUAAUGGGAGCUUCGCUUUUAGCCCUGGCUAAAUCUAUAUAUUAUAGCCUGCGGGCAAGUCCUUCAUUUUCGGCAAACGAAGCGAGCCGUGCGAGAGCUUGCUCGCAGGCUACCUUUUAUAAUGUUAGCCACUAACCAUGAGUGUGGUUUGUGAUACACCAAUAACUAGCAACCACUGUGCUACUAAUAGUUUCACUAAGUAAAUCGACACUAUCGCCUGAUGAAGACCUGCAGUACGCGGUCGAAGAGACAAACGAUCAAGGAAACCAUUUAUAUACAUUAUCCACGAUGAACAAUGUCUUUUAUGGCAAUCGUCUCUAUUCUUUUUAGAGCACACAAUCGUCAGACUGUAAAUAAAAAGAAUAAAACUGAAUCUGCUGUUCAAGCUUUCGUAUCUGAAUUCAAAUUUCGCACUAACCAUGGCUUUUAAACAACCCGGCCCUGAGAAAAAGAAGUUGAUAGCAAGUUACAGUGUACACUGUCGAAAUUCUUUCGAAAUGAUUUUCUGGUAAACGAUUUUAAUGAGCAUGUUAUCUUUUUCUUCACAGCCAUGGUAAUAGAUGUGCCGGUGUCAUAGCUGGUGUGGCCAACAAUAAUUGGUGUGGUGUAGGAUUGGCUUAUGAUGUUAAAGUUGCAGGUAAUGAUAACAAACAUGAUGUUUAGUGCGUUUUUUACUAAUUUGAAGUAUUCUCCCUUUGUUUGGUUUUGUCUUCUUAACUGAAGGAGUGUUUAAAUGAGAUUGUUAUUGUAACAUGCAGCUUGGGAGUGAUUAUACACUGAAGUUAUUGAUCACAGUGAAUAUCUCUUAUUAGUAUAUACACACUCAGUGAUCUUGGCGAUUCAAGCAGUCUGAUUGGUUCGCUGUCUCGGACUAUGAAUAAAUAAAUAAAUAAAUAAAUAAAAUAAAAUAACGAUUUGCAGGUAGCACAUCUACAUAAUGGUUCUUCGUCUACCUGAUUCCUGGUCGAAUUGGAAUUUGGAAAUGUUGGUUUUUGAGGAGAGGGGAAAACCGGAGUACCCGGAGAAAAACCUCUCGGAGCAAGGGAGAGAACCAACAAACUCAACCCACAUAUGGCGUCGAUGCCGGGAUUUGAACCCGGGCCACAUUGGUGGGAGGCGAGUGCUCUCACCACUGCGCCACCCUUGCUCCCCAAUCUGACGUUAUAUUCACGGCGCUCAGCGGUGAAUAUAAGGCAAAACAAAAUCGCUGUCGUGAACUAGUUGUUUUGCCAAGUUUCAGAGUAAGAACUUUUUGAAAAUACAAGAAUAUCCCAGUAUUGAUGAUUUUGAAGGUAAGAAAAGACUUCAUGGUGUUUAAGUAAAGAUGGCUCGGAAUUCUUAUAACCCCGCUUGCUGGUCAGUCAAACAAUCAAGAGGGCUGUAUCUUUCGAUGUAACAACACGAUUUAAUCCAAUCCAACGAUCUAUAAUUCUCAAACAUUCGACGAUCAAGACAAGAACAAGAACUAGAACUAGAACGUAACUUAACGAAAACUACUUUUACAAAAUCGCACGUUCUUUCACCUUACAGUCGACUCCCGAUAACUCGAACCCUCGCUAACUCGAACCUCGCGCUAACUCUAACCAAAAUCGAUUUCCCCUGGAUACAUUCACUGUAAUUUUACCCUCGGUAACUCGAACCCUCGAUAACUCAAACUCCCGCUAACUCGAACCAAUUUUCGUUUCCCCUCAGGUCAUUUUCUACAUAAUUUUACCCUCGAUAACUCGAACCAUGUUUCGAGCCCUUAAAAAGUCGGGAAAAAGCCGUCUACUGGCGUCCGAAACAUUGAAUUUUGGAUUUCCUAUUGACGUGUUGUAGGAGUAUAGUUUACUGGUGGAGGCUGAUGUUGAUUGUCACAGGCUAACGUGAAGCAACUUAAACGUAAACGUAAAUUAGGCUAUGUUUUGUUACGUUACGUUCUGAUUUAUAAUCUAGAAGUAUCUUUUAAUUUUCACUUGACAUUUCUACAAUUAGAUGUGAUUAAGAUGUCCACUGUGCAGUAAAAACUGUUUUUUACCCUACUCUCGGCUAUUUUCUUCGAACUGCCGAUAACUCGAACCUUUUUUCGAUUUCCCUUGAAGGUUCGAGUUAUCGGGAGUCGACUGUAUUUAGCCUCAGAAAAUGCAAGCAGUUACAUCAUUUUUAUCAUAAAUAUACUCGGACUUUGUCUACAUUAUUGUGAAAUCUCAUGUCACGAAAUCUAACUUCUUUGCACUACAAAUGUCAAUUUCUAAUUACUAUUUAAUCUCAAAUCUCCCGACAAAACAUGAAAGAUAUAAACAUUAUGUAUAAGAACCAAUUUAGCCUGAUAAAUAGAAAAUGUUCUUAUAUAAAAGGAAAGAGGUAACCUGCGAACAGAGCCUCCUUCGAUCUUCCAAGAUGAGUAGGGAUGAUCCGACGGCCUCGACAAUUCAUAUUGAGCAUGCUCAAAAAUCAAAUGUAACCGAGCAUCUCAACCUGGUUUUAAAACUAAGGACAGCUCGAUUUCCCGAAGUUUUCAUUCACAGACCCUCAACCCUGUUUACAGGCCCUCAAUUAUAGAGAUCAUCAAGCGCGCGUAUGAAAAUAAAAACUGUGGGGUAGUUAUUGCUCGUCGAUUUUCGAUUAUACUUUUGAAACACGGUUUUUUCAUGAGAGAUGAUGCGAUCAAAGCUGAUCAACAUGUUGCGAGCACGAGACAAAGAAGAAAUCUGUGUCCCCGACAGUUCCGCGAUCUGUUCAGACCCUUUAUAGCAACUAAAUUUGAUAAUUUCUUUCCUAACAUAGGACCUUCUUUGGCCAGUAAAGUUCCCGCUACUCAAUUUUCUCAUAAAGAUUUCCUUGUUGGUCACUAUGUCGAUUGUUUCUUUCUAAAUCCUACUACUCUUGCUGAGGUUGCUUCUAUUCAGUGUCUAUUGUCCAUUCUCUUAAAAAAUAGCAAUGUGAGGGUGUCGAUGGUCUUUGUAUGUCUCCCGUCAAAGAAACAAUUGAUUUACUAGCUGCUCCAUGGUCUCAUAUCUGUAAUCUGUCAUUUAAGCAUGGUGACUUUCCUGAUAAACUCAAAAUUGCAAAGAUUCUUCCCAGGUGGUGUGCGCACUACAUUAUGGAUGUAGAAUUUUCAAAAUGGCGGCGAAGGUCGAGAAAUUUCGCAGGUUAUAUAGAUUUAGUUCUUUCCUUAGACCGUUUUGCUCAAUUCCAUAGACUAAGAUUUAUUCAGAUUUUUUCCGUGAAGAAAAACAAAUCAAUAUUCUUCAUUUCAAUCUAAAACAUGGAGCACUAAGAUUGCUCCUCUAAAAGCAUGAAAUUUGAACCCGGUUUUUAAGAAGCUACAAUUUCCAUUAUAUUGCCCAUCGACAAUAGAAAACUGUUUAAAGUGUUUCUACAAAGCUUGUUCUACGCCAAGGUAUAAACGCUGCCCAACGCGUCCCACGUCUUAUAAUAUUUUUUUCCGAAUUGAAACCGGCAUGUUUUCAUCGAAAAUGUGGCCUCGCGAAGACGGAUGUGACAUGUUACUGGAAGUGUUACUGUUGUAAUCACAAGUUAAUCACAAAACAGCGGGCGCAGCGGCGACUGGUUCCUCCAAACAAUUGUAUUAGGUGAGCAUAAAAUGUUUGAAAUUGGUAUACAAAUAGGCUAAUGAGUACUCUGAAGUAGAAAUGUCUGUUUUUGUAAUAGGAUUUUAAAAAGUAAAUUCAUUAUAAAAUUGCAGUCAUACGUGUGAUUCUCUUUAUGCAGGUAUAAAAUCAGUCACACAAGAAUUACAGACAUUAAAUUAAAUGAUAAGUUUGAUUAUACAGUUAAGCCCCGUGCAUUUGGAAACCAGCCAUCUAGAAAAAUGACUUUUGGGAGAAUUGCAAGAAUAGUGCAAUGUAGAAGAAGAAUUUCAUAACAUCCACCAAGCUUGCACUUUACUUUUAUUCAGUGAAAUAUGCACAUCACUUUUGAAAAAACAACUUCAUAAUCUGUGUCCAGGCCUAGCUAGUAUGUGUUGUUGUGUGGAUGUUAUGAAUAAUUAUGUGAGUUUCGAGGUAUUUAAUUUGAUUACUGAUUUGACUGCUGAGAAAUACUGCCAGAACAGCUAGGCAACAAGCUGCUUUUUCAGUGAUGUCUAGCGUGCAUGGCAGGCGUUUGAAAGGAAAGGGAAAGGGGGUUUUGGACGCGACAGAAACACGAGAAGCGCGCAAGGAAGGAGGGAGGGAUUUUAACAUUCGUCUGGUGGAUGUUUAUAACGCGAAAAACAAUAGUCUCCUGGCAGGCGUUUCCCCCCUCCUUUCCUUGCAUUUCUCUCACACCCAAAUCCCCCUUUCCCUUCCCUUUGAAAUGCCUGCCACACAGGCUAAGUGAUGUUUAAUUUAAACAUUGGCAUUUACAUUGCAGUUAGAGUGAUAAGGCAGCUUUGUCUCCGAAGAAGAUUCUGAAUGUUGACUUAUCUUUGCUCAGGUGUACAAUUUUUUUUUUUUAUAAAUUUCGGAAAAUAAGAACUUGUUUCAAAUCUAAGGCUGAGCAGUUUCGUAUAUAGAGGGGGCUUAUCUGGCAAAUUUUAGCUUAACAGGUUCUCAAAAUCCAGGUUCUUAGUCACAGGGUGUUACUGUACUACUAGGAUCCACGACUGCAAUAACUGGUCACCCAAAAGCCUGAAGUUUGUCAAUAACAUGCCAGGAAAAAUAGUUUCUGUUGCCAUAAAAUGGGAGCAUUGAAAUACUACUCACCAUGCCCAAAAUUUUUCAAAUAAAAAUUAAAUUGGGAUACAGUCAAAGCCUGCUUUACGGACACCUGCUUAAUACAGGCACCUCAUCAUUACAGACAGUUUACUUUGUCCCUGGGAAAAAUGCCCUUACACUUUCUCUAAAUUCAACCCACUUAAUACAGACACCCCAUUCAAAUGGACAAUUUCUAUGGUCCCCUCAGUGUCCGUAUUGACAGGGUUUGACUGUAACAAUAAUGAGACCUAUGACACCAUAUCUGAGUUGGGCAAAAUUUUGGGGAGGGAGGGGGAUCACAAGAAAGGAAAGAGGUCUCCCUCCAUGUUGCCCCUGAUUACAGGAGAUUUGUAAACAUGGGUAUAAAUUUCAAAUUUUAAAGAGUUUUUAUAAUACCAAAAAAAUAUGAUAACUUGUUUUUUUUAGAUACUGACACAAUCAUUAAGGAAAUAGUGGCUGGAUAUCUCAUGAACUCAAUUCUUGUAGCUUUUUAUAAAUAUGCCCAUUUAACGUUUUGUAGUCUUCUUAGGGUCAUCGCGCAAUGCUCCUCCCAAUAUGUGUCCCGCAUUGACCUUUUGUUAUCAUUUCUAUCGCCACGCAAAAAAUGGAAACAUUGCCAAUGCGUUGAACAACGCUGUAAAAUCAUUCUUCGUCAUUUGACAAAGUUGCACACAUUCAUGGGAAGCGUUGCAAAUGCUUUACGAAUCAUUGAGAAACGUUGCAAUGCAUUUUAAAGCAUUCAAAUGUGUUCAACGAUGCAUAUUAAAUGUAUGGAGCUGAACGAAUAUCCACAUAAGGAUAUGGCAUAUGUACAUGUAGCACCUUUCUACCAUUUUUAUUUACUCUUCAGCAGUAGUUACAUGCGCUUCUUAAGCGCCUAUUUUUAUAAGUGAUGACCCUUCUUUUUUCUCAAACUACCGGCCCAUUUCUAUUCUCCCCUGUCUUUGUAAAGUCUUUAAGAAACUUUUUUAUCUCAGGCUAUCGGGAUUUCUCACAAAGUUUAAUAUCCUUAAUCAUCACCAGUAUGCCUGUAGACCAAACCAUUCUACUGCUAUGGCUAUCUUAGAACUUGUCAACAAUAUUUAUGAAGGUUUUGAAAACAAUCAGUACACUGUCGGAGUCUUCAUGGAUCUUAAAAAGGCAUUUGAUACGGUCAAUCAGGAAAUAUCUCUGCUGUCUCUGCUGUCUGUAUAACCUAAAUUUUUAUGGCACUAGAGGUAUCCCGUUAAUCUGUCUCACAGACAGCAGUGUGUCAUUGUUCAUGAUCAUACCUCUAUAUAUAAAACGGUCGUAUGUGGGAUUCCCCAAGGUUCAGUUAUUGGACCUUUUUCUUUUAUACAUCAAUGAUCUUUUUUAUUUCUUACACCUCCUGUCUGUCAUUCUUUUUGCUCAUGAAUAAUUCCCUCACCAUACGUGUGCAGGAAGACAAAUUUCUUGGAAUUAUCAUUCCCGAAAAUUUAUCUUGGAAACCGCACUUCUCUGCUGUCUGUGAUAGAGUCUCCAAAGUAAUAGGAGUUUUAUGCAAGUCAAGGCGAUACUUACCCUUGGAUGCUUUAGAAACUUCAUAUAAUUCUCUUUUCUUACCAUACAUCAAUUAUUGUAGUUUGAUAUGGACAUCUACAUGUGCUUCUUACCUUGAACCCUUUUAUGUACUUCAAAAGAAAGCCAUUCGCAUAAUUACGUUUUCUCCUCUGCGCACACCUUCUAAGCCCCUUUUCUCUUAGCAUAAUAUUCUUUUACUCCGCUCUAUCUAUAAAUUCCGUGUUGCCUGGUUUGUUUUCUCACAUUUUCAAUAGCCUUUUACCUGUUCCUGUUUCCUCGAUCCUACAUUUAAAUUUUGAAAAUCACGAUUGUAUGACUCUUCACGUUUUAAUCUGCAUAAAACCCGUCAUAGGUAUCAAUUUUCUUUCGCUUGGCAAGCUCUUAUUAUUUGGAAUGAUGUUUCGUUAACUGUGCGCAAUAGCCUUACCAAAAAAGACUGCAUUUUUGAGUACUUGAAUUAGCCUGUGCAAAAAUUGUUGAAGGGCUAUAGAAUUGAUAUCCCAUUUUUAUAUAGUUUAAUCCAGUCGAUCUCUUGUCACCAAUUUUGUAUACCUUGUGGGACUAUACUAGGUGUAUUUGUUUUUAUGGUUUAUAGGAAUAUACUAUCGAGUAUUUGUAAAUUUAGUAGUCAUAAUAAGUUGUUAAGUAUUUAAUAAUUAAAUGUUAAGUAUUAGUUGUUUAGUAUUUAAUUUUAUACUUUAAUUAAGUCUGCUGUCACCAAUUUUGUAUAUCUUGUGGGACUAUACCAGUUGUAUUUGUUUGUAUGGUUUGUAGAAAUAUAUUAUCUUGUGUUUGGAAAUUUAGUAGUCAUAAUUAGUUGUGUAAGUAUUGUUAAUUAGUUGUUAAGUAUUGUAUUUCAGUUGUAAGUUCUCUGACUGUUUUUUUCUUUCUUUUGUUUAGUAUUGUAAUUAUUUUACUUAAAGCCUUCUUUUAUUCGUGUAAAUUCUUUACGUUUUUUUGGUGACCUUUGGCCAUUUAAGCCCCCGGCUUUGGUUUCUCUCAUGUAUUUUUCCGAGUGUCUUAUAUGUAGUAAAGUUAAAGUUACGUUGAGUAUUUGAAAAUUGACGAAUAAUAGUUGUAGCUGCGCAAUCGCAUUGAAACCGAAAAUGUUAUGACAUAAAGUUCAUCAUAGUCCAGUGCACUUUUGGAUUAACGGUAUAGUGCCUUCUUAAGCUCACCGUCUUAACGUUGGACGUAGUUUAUUUUUAUAAAGCCAUUUUCAGUCGCCUUUUCGCUUGACCAAAACGAGCUACUUGGAGAUUAUCAAUCUUCUUUUGUUUUUCUCAGGUAUUCGCCUUUUUGACGAUGCGAUUGGCUUUGAAGUUAGGUCAACUGAUGUCGAAGAGAGCAAAGCCUUAGUUCACGAAAUAGAAAGUGUCGACAUAUACUCUAACAGCUGGGGGCCUGGCGACUUUGGUUUGGAAGUCGAGGGCCCUGGACCGUUAACCAGUGAAGCCAUAAAACAUGGAAUAGAAAAGGUAUCAUUAUUUAUUGCUUUUUGCUUGCGAACAGGCUUCCAAGUGGAGUGGAACUAUAAAGAAAAUCGGCGAGUGAUGCGAGCCGAGCGUGGCCUGAGGGAAAAAAGGGUGGAACCUGCACAUUGUUUUUUGGUGCCGACCAUUCAUGAUAUCAUGAUCUGUUUGGUCAGAUUGCUGACUAUUAUAUAAUUUUCUCAACCUAUUUUUUAGUAUUUGUCGGUCGUGGGAAAGGGAACAUUCCACAUGUUUCGGGCUGUCUUAACCAAGGCCUCCGCAGCAAGGGACAGCCUUCGGCCUAAUCCUUUUUGAGGCUGGACGAAGUCGCUUGUCCCUGCCUGCCAUUAUUGGGUACAAUGCUUUCAAUAUUGCAAUAAAAGAUCCAUACCCAAUUGAUAAGUGGUGGUCCAAAGCCAAAAAAACGUAGUGUAUCAAAAGUAAAGGGGCAUUCAAGGGAAUCAAAUGCUUUUUCGAAAUCUAUAAAGAACAAUAAGCCUGGGGCAUUAUGCUGUAUAGCGUGUUGGAUAUUGCCAUCUAUAAGUCCAAUACUUUCACCAAUGAACCGUUUGUCUGCUCAUUUUUUAUCAGAUUUGAGAGAACAGAUUUUAUGCGGUUAGCUAUAGCUUUUGCUACAAUUUUAUUUUUUUUACAAUUGUUGUGUUAAAGAGAGUUAUAGGACUCCUAUUGUUUGUGUAAAUAGGUUCUGUGCCUUUUUUGGGUAAAAUUAACAAUUAUUCUUUGAAAUCGAGGCGAAUAGUGGCUGAAUAUUGCGGCGAGGUAAAUAUUCCUAAAGUCACUAUUAACCGAGUUUGAAAAGAAUAAUUGUUUUAGUAUAUACACACGAAGUGAUCUCAGCAAAAUUAGAAAAGAAACAUUGAAAGAAAGAUUGACAGAUCAAAUCAUACAUGAAAAAUUUACUCGCUGCGGUAUUACACUGCGUGCGCAGGCGGUGUGCGUCACGAGAUUCGACCAAUCAGAAAGCGUCAUUUGUGAUUUUCGCGCUUGGAAAGAGCCGUUUUCAGAGGUAUAUGUGGUGAAAUUUUCGCUUUAUUGCAAGCUUUUGUGAGUAAUUUCGACACUAUACCGCCGUGGAAAGUUGUUGGAACACUUUAUCUUAAUAGCAGUUGCGUUACUUUUAAAUAUUUUGUUUUCUUGAGCGUUUGUGACAAGUUAGAAUUGCUCGGUCAUGUGGAAGCCGCCAUGAUGAUUUGAUUGUAAUUUUCGCCGUUCUUCUUGGAUUCAUUCCUGGUUACUGGUAGCGGUUUUAUCGAAUUAUUUUCGGUCAACUUGUUACUUCAACCUUUCUUCUUGUAAAUUUCGGGGGUCUACCCGGGUCUACCCCUGAUAGUUUCCCCGUUAUGAGGCGUUGAAAGUGUCUUGGAAUGAAGAGAUUGUCUCAGCGAAGUAGCACAACUCCCGGGAAACGGGCUGAGAAACUUGCUUAAGCGAAAGCCGACGUGAAGUGGGUAACGCAAAAUCCACUAAGAUUUUGUUUCAUUUUAAACCAGAAAAGGUAAAUAAGUUUGAAUAUUGUGAUAACCUUUAGAAACAAAACAUUUUUCAUAACCCAGUGCGGAAACUGACAGCGUGUCUUUAAAAUAAUUUGCAUGCAGUGUGUUCUAUUUGUAUUCAAAUCUUCAUGUAAACUUACGCGACGGAAUAAAUCUCCACCAAAACACAAAACCAUUAUCGAAGAUCUAGACAACAUCAUACGGGAUUUUAAGACUGUGAGGUUUGGUUUAUAACAAAAUCGAUACAAUGCGCUCACUUCAAGGCGUACAGACAAGAUCGUGGCUUGUUUCUGCGGCCGUAGCUUCGGUGAAAUUCCUAUUGUGCUGUAGCUGUGCGGGCGCUACUUUUGGUCUGUUUUUCCCUUGCCUAUAGAAGAUUUAUUUGCUCAUAAGGAUUACAAACAGUUACUGUUUGCAAAAUAACAUAAAAAUUGUCGAUGAAAAGAAAAUUGUUAUGAGAGACGAUGUAAGAUUUCUCCGUAUAUAUCUCACCUUGCUCUUUGUUCGCGUUCUCCCUCCUUGCCGGGUUAAUAAAGUCCAUCAAACGUUACUAUUAAAUAGACGAAUUUUUUAUUUAAGCAAAUCCAGGUAUGAACUACAGAUUUCAUUCACUCCGAGAUAAAAAUAUACAUAUAAACCAAACAAUACAUAAAAUCUUCUGAGAAGCAGGAAAUCGCCGCCUAAAAUCGCACCUUUGAUCGUCUCCGAAUCGCGAUAAACUUAUUGAAAUUACGUUAUGAAGCCAAUAGCAAGCAUCUAAGGCCAGUAUGAGAUCUUGAAAAUUCUCCAAAUCGCUCUCCCCCGUAAUGUUUUUCAGAAAAGGAAGCAGUGUUUUGAUCCCGGGUUUUGAUUUAUCUCUCUCACGAGAUGCGAACUCGACCGUGUCACGAUUGAAAUGAGGCACAUAAACAGUUUUACCCAUGAACCUUUGUGGGUCGUGACGCACACCGCCUGCUGCGUGCGCAAAUGCUAGAUCUUUGGAGAAUUUUCAAACAUGGCAAUUCGCACGUUUAUCAUUUCGCAAACAACAGAGUAAGGGCUUAAAUGGAAACUUAAAAAGUUUAAAUUCUUUCCUGAUCUGAGAAGAAAAGUAGAGCUUUAUUAAUUUCUGUUAACUCGGCGAGUAGGUGAGAAAAGGUUUCUUGUGUCGUUCUUCGCAUGAAGUGCAUGCUCGGUUGCCCGAGGUAAGGCGUCGUUUUCUUAGCUUGUAGCAUUCUUAAUCCUAUUUACUCAAAACGUAGAAUUUCUGCUACACAUCUGCUUUUAUUUUCGCUUGUAAUAAACUUCGAUUUUGGGACAAAAUUGUUCUUGUUAGGAAACGCCUAGUUUACAAAACGGCCCUUUUCUUUUCGCUCGAACAGUAGUUGUAAACAUGCCAUGUUUUGAAUCCUUGGGAGUCUUUUCUUGCCUUAAAAAACAUCAGUACGAGGAUUUUCAGUUGUCAACUUUCUAAAAAUCGUUCGCUACAAAAAUUCGAAGAACACCUAGCUCACACAUCCACUUGCUAGGAGUGAAUAUUGUUGAAUACCCCAAAAUAGCGAACCAAUCAGAUUGCUUGAAUCACCAAAAUCACUGAGUGUGUAUAUACUAAAAUUAAUGAUCCCCGUCUUUGAAUGAUAGAAAAGAAUCGCUGAAAGGUGAUUGUAACUGAGCUGCUAAGGCUUUUUUUUUUUUUUAUUAUUUUUUUUUUUUACCGUUUACAUUGUCAAGUUGUUUCUCGGACGUCGCAAUUUCUUUUUCGCUCUUCCUUUUUACUUUCGCUUUUUUAAUGUAAGCGGAGAAAUUAAUUGAGUUUUCGCUGAACGUAAUAAAAGUAUGUGCUUUUCAGGCGUCUUUUGAAGCUAUCUAUUUAAUUUCAUGUCUCAAUGCUUUUGAACAAUGCAUUCCAUAUCCUCGGCGAACUGCAGAAAUACCAAUUUAAAUGAAGAUAUGAUCUUGAUUCUUCUUGAUCUUUACAGGACAAAUCUUAAAGUUCAGCAACUGAACUCAGAUCCCUACAAAUCAUUUGAAUUUAAAGAAUUAUUGCUUCACUCUGACAAUUGUAUUACACGUAUUAUUAUUGUUUACCGUCCUCCAGUUUAUGUAAAGAAUGGUCUUACGCAUGCUGCUUUUUUUGAUGAAUUUUCCAUGCUACUGGAACGCCUAAUGUCCUCUCCUGGAAAUUUACUCUUAAAUGGAGAUUUCAAUUUCUGUGUUAAUGAUCCAUCUGACAGCACCGCAAGUCAAUUCCUGUAUCUCUUAAAUUCUUUUAAACUGAAUAUCUUCAAUCUUUGUACUCCAACACACAAGAACAAUAAUGUUCUAGAUCUUAUUAUCACAAGAUCAGGUAAAACAUUUGUCUCAAAUUUAUCAGUUCACGAUCCUGUCAUUUCUGAUCACUUUGCAGUUCACUGUAGCCUGGCUAUCAAGAAACCACCUAGCGCGAAACUCGCUGUCAUGACUCGUAAACUAUGCAACAUUGAUUCAGACAGUUAAUGUACUGAUAUUCGCUCCUCUUCACUAUACAGCUCACCUUCGCUGGACCUAUCAGAGCUCGGUGAUCAAUAUGAUUCUGUUUUUUCUUCGGUUUUCAAUAAACAUGCUCCUUUACGUGAAAGAGUAAUCACUAUUAGGCCUCGUGCCCUUUGGUACAGGGAGGAAAUCAACGAGCAGAAAGUGAUUUGUCGUAGACUUGAAAGGCGAUGGCGUCGUUCCCGACUCACUUUCGACUAUCAAUCUUAUACCAACCAACGCACUGCUGUAAAGGACACCAUUUUCAAAUCAAAAAUGGAUUACUAUUCUAGCCUUAUCUCUUCAGCUGAAAGUGACUGAAAGUUCUCUGUUUUCCCUACCAGCUCUUCUUCAGUUGAUCUUACCAAUAAAUUGGUCCACUUUUUUUGAGGAGAAAAUCUUCAAUAUCAGAAGUAAUCUUGGUACACCUAUAACUCCUGAUUUCUUCAGAACCCUAGAUACUUCAUCACUAACCUGUCGGCUUGUAAAUUUUGCACCAGCAUCUAACACCGAACUGUUGAACGUUGCUAACAAUAUCAUCAUGAAAUCCAGUAUUUUGGAUCCCCUUCCCGCCACCCUUCUGAAACAGCACAUCGAUUUACUUUUACCAAUUAUCCUGAAGAUUGUCAACUUGUCACUGGAAUCCGGUCAUUUUCCGACUUCUUCGAAAACUGCUGUUCUAUCUCCACUACUUAAGAAAGCCAACUUAGAUCAUGAAGUUCUUGCAAACUACAGAUCAGACCUAUUGCAAGGUGUUGUCAAAAAUUAUUGAAAAGGUCGUCGCAGGACGUCUUCAAAAAUAUUUAGAAGCUAACCAGCUAAAUGAGCCGCUACAAUCUGCCUAUAAACCUUUCCACAGUUGUGAAACCGCCCUUGGGCGCGUUCAUAAUGACAUUUUGGUUGCUAUUGGUAAACGUCACUGUGUCAUGCUUCUACUGUUAGACCUGUCUGCUGCCUUGUGGAUCACGAUAUCCUCCUUACAAGACUGCACCCUAAAUACUCUAUCUGUGGCAUAGCUCUUGAAUGGUUUCGCUCCUACCUUACAAAUCGCGAAGGGUGUAGAUCACAGUCUCGCGAGCUCAAGUGCGGUGUACCUCAAGGUUCUGUCCUUGGACCGAUUCUGUGUGUACUCUAUACAGCACCACUGGCCGACAUUCCACUAUUCCAUGAAAUGCAAUUUCACUUUUACGCCGAUGACACUCAAUUGUAUAUUUCUUUCUCUGCAAACAACGACAUGGAAUUAACCGAGAGUAUCACUAAGAUUGAGGAAUGCCUGUCCGACAUUGAUAAGUGGAUGUCCAUCAACAGACUAAAACUAAACAAAGACAAGACCGAGCUUCUCUACUUAUUCUCAAAGUAUAAUCCACAACAAUCCCUACCGUCUCUUCGCUUUGGAACUGACAUAAUCAAGCCCUCUCCACAUGCAAGAAAUAUUGGCGCCAUCUUCGAUACCACUAUGUCAAUGCUUCCCCACGUAAACAAUGUUCGUAAAUGUGCCUUUUAUCAUCUUCGCUCCAUUUCGCACAUAAGGAAAUACUUAACAAUGAAAACUACUGAGAUUCUUAUUCGCGCCUUUGUAACUUCCAAACUCGAUCACUGCAAUUCUCUACUAUAUAAUGUCCCUAAAAACGUCAUCAGAAAGCUUCAGUCGGUGCAGAAUGCAGCUGCCAGACUGAUUACACGCUCUAGGAAGUGUGAUCACAUCACUCCCAUCCUCCUCGAUCUUCACUGGCUACCUGUUUCUGAACGAAUUAAAUUCAACAUUCUACUACUUACCUUCAAAGCUCUGCAUCAGCAAUCUCCAACCUACAUUCAAGACCUUAUCACCGGCUACUUACCUUCUAGAUCGCUUCGGUCAUCCUCAACGCUCAGUCUGAAUCCUGUUAGCUUUAACCUUAAGACCUAUGGAUAUAGAGCAUUCUCUGUCUCAGCCCCCGAACCUUGGAACAAAUUACCUGACGACAUACGCUUAUGCGAGAAUCUAAGUCUUUUUAAGCAUAAACUUAAAACCUACCUUUUUAAGAACUUUUACUUUAGUCAUUAGGAAGAUUUAUUUGAUAUUAUGUGUUUUAGUUAAAUUUAAAUUUAUUUUAAGCAAUUUUUAAUUCUAAUUUUUUCACUUUAUCAAGCGCCUAGAUCUAUUACUGGAUAGGCGCUAUAAAAAGGUUGUCCUUCUUCUUCUUCUUCUUCUCCUUCUUCUUCUUGACAAAGAGUACCCUUUCUCCUUCAGGUGGCGGUCAAGUGCUGCUUGUAUUACUUUUAAGGAGCCAGGUUCGUAGUCGGUUCCGUCUCGUUGACGGACAGAGGCAUAAAACCGCUCAAGAAAUUUAUCCAGCUGUUCAGGAGGAAGCUUCUCAGCGCUUUUGUCGAGGGCAUUUUCAUCACACCAGUUCUUAAAAACUCUCAACCAGUUAACUGUGCUUUUACGGGUGUUCAAGUUUUCGGCAGCGUCUUUUAAUGCCGCCACAUCAGAAUCUGUAACAUCUUCAAACCUGGACGCCAUUUUGGCUGCGUCGGAACGGUUGACAUGGCAAUUUUGUAAUUUCACAUGUGAAAUUAUAAAUUAACGCUGAAAUUUCGCGCCAAAAUUAAGGAGUAAUUUGUCACCCAUGAUAUUAAUAGUCAAACAGGUCAUUUUUCAAAACAUCAAACGCUAUUGCUUCAAGAUGUUACGCUUGGAGCUUGGGUAUCAAAUAUCCCUUAAUAGGCAAGGAUCAGUAAAUCAAGUAAAAUAGCUCUAAGUCGUCCGCUUAAUCGAGAAACUGCAAGCUUACCUUUCACUCACGUCCGUGGCGUUUUAUCGGCUAAUCGGCUAUAAACACUUUCCCGAAUAUUACUUUAAAUUUGUACGAUUUUGUGUAGUUAUUCACCAGAAGAUAGAUUUAAAGCUUCGAGUACAUACAGAUGUCUCUUUUAUUGAGAGUCCGAGGCUUUUAUUUGUUGAACAAACAAGACAAAAACUGUCACAAGAUUGCUUGGAUGGAUUGCUGAGAUCGCAGCUUUACAAGUUGCGGACCGCAAAGGAAAUGCUUACAUCGUGGAAAAAAUCGUGAAAAAUUGUCAUGUUUUUUACUAUUAUCAUUGUUAUUUAAGCAUUUUGGCACUACUAAGCAUUGAGAUUAUUGACUCGUUAGGCAGCUUGUCGUAGAUAGUAUUUCUUAAGGUUCAAUUUCCACGCCACAGAUAAUCUGGACAUUAAGACGAAACUACCAUUUGGCUGUUUACAAACUAGAGAUGGAAGGUAAAAUAUAUUAUUUCCAUUCUAAGACUUCCUUAGAUUUAAAGACACUGUUAAGUCUAAAGUUAAUAUUUAGGAACGAAAAAUAGUGAUGAUCAUGACACAGAAUGCUACAGUAAAAAAACUCAAGACGAAAUAAAAUGAUCAUUAUAGCCCAGUUUAUAUAUGAGGGUACAUACACGCAUUCGGUACAACUAUUUUCGCAGUAUUGAGGUUUUUUAAAAGAGAGGUCAUGGAUGUAUAAGUGUAAUGCAAGUAUAGAACUUGAGUCUAUACAAAUCACUUAUGUCAUAUAGCACUUGUGGCAAAGCCCGAAAGAGAUAGCGCAAAGCACAGAUAUAAGUUCAUUGAAUGUAUACAAGUUUAAUUACAACAUAUUCGAUCGAGGUACCCGGUAAAAUGAUAAAAAACGAUAGAAGGUUUACAAUCCAUAUUACAUCUACAGUUCAAAAAAUCUAGAGGACAUGUACAGGUAAGUAAACGAUUGAAGGAGUACCUGUCUAAGAGUCCCUGUCGAAUAUUUUCCGCUUCAGUAAAGUAGUUUGCUUGGAUCUCGAGCUCGCCAUACUACUCUAUGUGCGCUGGAAGUAAUCUUUAAUACCUUGGAGAUUGCUCUUCUCCAAAAAUUCUUGUUAAAUUUUUGAGACGGAGAAGCUCCAGUUGAAUGAAAUAGUAAUUUGUUUUCCUUAGAGUCCAUGAAAUGUCCUGCUUCACUUUCUGUUUUUGCUCGAGGAAAAUGUCGUUUACACUAUUUUUAAGGCAAACGCGUGGAGAGGGGUAACUGCUGAUAACUGUCCAGUUGUACUGAUAUUUCAAAAAAAGACGUAUAAGGAGCAGUUGUUAUGUUAUCAUUUGUUGUUUAUUAUCAUUGUAUUUGUGCCAGUUCACGUGUACACUCUAAAAUUUGGGGAAAAAUUAACUUUUUGUCAUUUUUCUAAAAAAUGCCCAUUCAGCGUUUUUCUCCGUAUUGAAGCGCAGUUAUCUCUGAAAAAUACGUGGUUACCCCCAGUUUUCUUUUUGGAUUUCAAUAGCCCCUGAUAUGAUCUACUUGUCUCACAUAAUCGUUAUCUGGGAAAAAAUACUUCCCAUUAGUGGGCACCGUCCUUAAGAUGAACUCAACAAAUUGGCCUGCUCCCAGUGUAUAGGUCUUCAUCACUGAGCUCAAAUGGUAGAGCACUGCAGCGCUAACGCAGGAGCCGUGCGUUUAAAUCCCAUUGAAGUCCCGAAAUUUUUUUCGGGUUAAUUUGUAUUUGCUUAAAUUGCAAUUACUACUGCGACGAUCAUAUCUUCAUUUAAAUUUCAACUUCCUGUCAAUGUGACACCUUCGGAGUUAAACCAACAAAACAUGACUUUCGUUUCAAGGAAAGCAUAGGAUCUUUCCUUCUAUUGUUAGACAUGUAUUCACUGUUUUUUUCCUUAUUUAUCAGGGUCGUGGUGGCCUGGGUGCCAUCUACACCUUUGCCGCUGGAAAUGGUGGCAUGGUAGGAGACAGUUGUUCGUAUAACGGUUACGUUAGCAGCAUUUACACUAUCGCAAUUACUGGUGUGAACACAGAUGGUUCCAAGCCGAGCUAUGCGGAGCAAUGUCCUGGGAUAAUGGCUACCGCAUACAGUAGGGAUGAACUGAAUAAAAUCGGAACAGUUGUAAGUAAAACUUAAGUUUUCAUUUCUUUUCAUUGUAUAGUACUCUUAAAAAGGAGUAUCGAAAGCAAAAUUCAAUUCAUGUUGGAAUUAAUUUACUGGACAAAUGGCAGUUUUUGAACCAAGAAUAUUCUGUACGAGCUAGACAAUAGAGACGGGGUCGCGUGCUCCAAAUUCAAAAUUAACGACCGCGCAUCUUCUCGAAGUUGUCAUUCGAAAAAAUACGAAUAAGCUUCAAAAAUCAAUAAAUAAGUAAAUUUCAAGUAUUGUCCGAAAAAUGAAACAAAUGUGACAGAAGGGUUUGAAAUAUUUAAAAGGAAUCGAUCAAUUAAAUGCAACUCAGACUCCUAUUUUAUUUAAAUUAAUGUUAUGAAUGAGCAAACACAAAAGAGUGGACGUAUAAAUUAUUUCUUAGAUAUUUUUGUUCAAUAGCCCAUUAGUUUAUCCUUAAAAGCACUUCGCGUAACACUUACUGGAUCGUGGAUCCAUUCACUAAAGUCAUUAAUAUAAUAAUAAUAAUAAUAAUAAAACUUUAAUAGUAACAUCCUCGUGAGGUUUUUCAGGAACUAUUUACAAACUAUUUCCAAUUUAUAAAAGUAAAAAUAACAAUAAAAACUCGAAAUCACAAUUUAUGAUGGUAUUCUAUUAAAAUCUAACGCUUAUGAAGGAAAUGUCUGCCUCAAUAGUGUGUCUUUCAGGGCGCGCUUGAAAGAUGCCAAUGAGGCACUUUGCCUAAGUUCAUUAUGCAAGUUAUUCCAUAUGUAGGCCCCUCUGUAGGAAAAUGUGCGCUGGCCUAUAGCCGUUUUGUAUAGCGGAAUCUGCAAAGAGUUCCGUGUACGAGUGUUACGAGUAUGUAUAUUUGAGCGCUUGGUAAACUUGCUCGUUAAGUAUUGAGGCGCAAGAUCGUUCUGACAUUUAAAGGUCAAAACGGAGUCUCUAUAGAAUAAUUGUUCUUUAACAGGAAGCCAGUUUAGCUCUCGAAGCAAAGGUGUUACGUGGUCAAACUUCCUAGAGUUUGUUACGAUCUUGCUGGCAAAAUUCUGAAUAGAUUGUAAUCUGUUUAUAUUCUGGAGUGUAGUAUUAGACCAUACAGAUGAGCAGUAAAGCAUCUUGCUAAAGAAUAAUGAUGUUAUUAACAAUUCUAGUGUUUCCUUGUCGAAGCUCCUUUUGACUCUAUUUAUUUGGCAAAGCUUUGCGAAACAAGGUGACACUACACAUGAAAUAUGGUGAUCGUAGGUCAGAUGGGGAUCAAGAAAGACUCCCAAGUCCUUGGCAGAGUCUGUUGGCUUCAGUGUUUUACCUAAGAAUACCACUCCAGGGUCUUCUAGUAACCUGCUUAACAUCUGUCUGGUACCGAGGAAAAGGAGUUUAGUUUUAUCGGGAUUGAUAAGUAGAUGGUUCUCACAGCACCAUUGAGCUACACUGUGAAGGUCUUGUUCGAGCUUUUCAAUGGCAGCAACAAGCUCUGCGAGAGGAAAUGACAUGAAUAGCUUUGAGUCAUCCACAUACGAUUCUAGGUUGCAAAACGUCGGUGACGUGGGUAAAUCGUUGAGAUAAAUGCAGAACAACAAUGGUGAUAGGAUUGCGCCUUGAGGAACUCCGUGAGUUAUAGGUAGAGUGUCAGAGUGGGUGGAGCCAAUUCUCACGUAUUGCCUGCGACCAGUUAAGUAGCUCUUGAACCAUUUGACAGUAGAGGGUGAGGCUCCUAAGAUGGAGAGUUUUUCUUGAGCAGCCUUGCAUGGUCUAUACUGUCGAAGGCCUUGGAUAGAUCUAAUAGUACUAGUGCUGUUAUCUGCUUUUUAUCCAUUGCUUCGAGUAUCUUAUCCGUAAGCAGGAUGUUUAAGGUCUCUGUAGAAUGAGCUUUUUUAUUGCCGCUUUGAUGUGAGGUAAGGCGGUUGUUUUUCGUGAGAUAGGCGCUGAACUGAUUCAAAACAAUCCUUUCGAGGACCUUUGAAGCUACGGCUAGCAGAGAUAACGGUCUGUUGUUGGCAGCUUUUUCAUGGUCACCGUCUUUAAGAAUCGGAAUCAUCUCAGCCUCUUUCCAGUUGUCAGGAAAUGUGCUAGUAAGGAUAGAACAAUUGAUGAUGUCAGUAAGAGGGCCCAGUAUGACAGGAAGACAGUCUUUUAGUACACGAGCGCUGAUCUUAUCCGGUCCCGGAGAUUUAUUCAUUGGGAGAGAUGUUACAAUUCGGCGAACCUCUUCAAGUGACACUGACCUUAAAUUGAAUAAUUCCAUAGAGGUAGUAUCUAUGUCAGUUUCGGAUGAAAAAUCUCGGACUAUGAUGUUAUGUUCUUCCCUCAAGCGCUGUACUGCGUCAGCGGCAUUUAAGCCGACUUUAGCAAAAAACUGAUUGAAUUCGUUGGUUAAGACUGUCACAUCCUUUGUAAAGGCUGGUCUCUGCUUAUCUUUGGAGGGGAUGGCGUGAUUAUCCGCUGAGCACAUGGCCAAACAAAAUCCAUCUCAGUGUAAACAAGUCCAGGGCGUGGAAAUUUUAGCGAAAUUAAGCCCCUGGUUCUAGUACACGCUCGACAGAGUCAGGUACCAAAAAUUGGCCGUAAAACAACUUCUGUUCUGGAGCCACAAAACACAUUGUAAACAAGACCAGGGUUUGAAAAAUUAAGCGAAAUUAAGCCCCUGGUUCCAAUACACGCUCGGCAGAGUCAGGUAACAAAAAUUGACCGUAAAACGUCAGCUCUGGAGCCACAAAACACAUUUAUUUAGAACAAAAACCUGUGGGUUUUGCUAAAAACAACAACGAAAGCAUAAGCCAAACCAUGAUAGCUCAGACAUGAAAAUGCAGCAACGUAUAGCAACACGAACCUUAAAACCCAACGGGAAUAGCAGCGUGCUAGUAAAGCAAAUUCAUGCACGGACUCUGCAUGACUAAAACUAGGAAGCACGAAGACUAAACAGCGUAGGACAAAAUAGGCAUAUUAAACGAAAAACUGAAAACCUCGCACGCGGAAAUAAGAAAGCGCGGACAUACUGCGAGAACUGAACCACAACAACUGACUGCUAUCCCGCUAGAGCCGCUCAGUAAGACUGGAGAAAACCCGAAGCCAGCGAAUGUACCACUUACGGGAUCCAUCAGAAGGAAAAGCUGAAACUAGGGAAAUGCAGCCUGAAAGAUAAAGUGGUACUGUGAGGACAAUAUAGAAAAAGACGCCGCUCGAGGGAUAGCGCCGGUAAUCUGACAGGGAAUUAGGCUCCCUUGUAAGACUGAAAUCCUGGGAGCCGCGGCAGAAAAAUAAUAACAAGGAAAGCAUUGAAAACAAGUACAACCAAAGCAAAGAAUAUAACAAAGAAAAUACUUCAAACAAAAGGGAAGAAGUACAGAGAAUACUGACCUUGAAAAUAUAUGUGACCGGACCGAAUGUCUAACACGUGGCAACCUAUAAAAUCUAGGUUGCAAAACGAGAUACUUACAGCGAGCAUAGCCCAAGAAAUUGAGGAAGAUGGAAAUAAAAACAGGAGGCAGAAAGGAAGUGGUGAACGCCAAUGAAGAAACAAAGGGAAAGGCGAAAGGGUGAGGAGGAAGGGAGUUUGAUGAGCACGUUUAAUGAGGACAUGAUGAGACCUGUGUGUCUUGUCUCGAAGAUGAUAAUGAAUGUAUGUGUGAAGAACAAGACAUAAAGAACAAUACCUUUCAUUGAGUUCGUGAUUUUCAGGCCUUGAUCCAAGUUACCAGCGUAGUUACAAUGUUUACCUGAUCUUCUAUUUGUUUCGUAACGAGAUAUCUCGGCGUCCCCACGCGGGUAUAAAAGCGCGCGUUAGCGUCCUUUUGGCCAGAAAGUCAAGUGGGAUUCGCGUCGUGACAUCGUUGUUUGGUUCGGUUUUAAUCUUUAGUUUCGUUCUUUAGCCGGUGGACAAAAGUACACAAAUGUUACUGUACAAGUAUACAUAUUUAAGUUUAAUUGGUUUAUAAUCGUUUCAUGAGCGAAAAGCGGAUUUGAACGCCUGUUAGAGCAACGCCCACACUUUUGCUUUAUAGUACAAGGGUUAAGAUCAGAUUUAUGGAAUUAUUGUCUAAUUUCAGUUUAUGUAGCCUUUAAGUAGAUUUUCCCGUCUUGUUAUCGACCUAAUCGUAACGCUUUAUUACCGUUUUCAAGCUUUAGUUUGUUGAUUACGCGUUAUUUGUCUUAGUAUCACCUUUUCGCCAAAUUGAUAGAGAUUUUUUCUAUUGUUACUUCAGUUUACGGUCAAUACUUGGUCUAUAGAUUUUGGUCUUUGGAAUUUAUAAUUAAAUCACGGUUAACCGUUACCUUUGGUUUCCCGUGGUUUUCUUGUUUUGCUAACCCGUAAAAUAGUCCCUAAUCUAACCUGCUGCGACACACUUCUCGAAGUUUCGUUUCUUGUUUGUUUGUUUGGGUCGUCGCCAGCCACAGUAUGGUGUAUGUGUCUUAUAUAGUCGCUUGGGCAAGACCGCUGUAUGAUAAGCCUAAUGCUAAUGAGGCAAAAAUGUAAACAAGGAUUCGCCAAUUAAAAGCAAACUUUAGCCCAUUCGCUCCUGGAGAUUUUGCCGAAAAACGCAAUUUGAAGCUAGUCGAGUGGUUUUCUGGUCACUGUCGUGCUAUAAAAAGCUAAAACUUACCACAAACCCGUUUACAGGUCGUACACUUCACGGCCUUCUGAUCCAGAUGAAAAAUAUUAGCUUGCGAAGUUCGGGCAUGCACAGAAAGCAAAUUUUGGGGUUUGUGACACAGCAGUCUAGACGUUUACUUUUCGCUUUCUCUCCUCCCCUCUUUUUUCGCUUUUUAUGCCUCUUUUUUUUUUCUCUUGCUUGGCAUUUGGUAGGUUUCAUCUUGGUGGGAAACGUUUUUAGGAAAGCUUUUAGGAUCUUAGGAUUAGGUGAAAGGAAGGUAGGUGGGCAAUGGAACAAGAUUUUCAUGGAAAUUUUCAGGUCCAUGUUACAUGGUUUUUUGCCUUUUGCUCCGGUGUCCUUGACUGAAUUGUGCUCAUUCUGGUAUGGUUUGUAAGAUCUCUUUACUCUGUGCAAGUUAGCGGACAAAGUUGUCCUUGACUGUGAAAACUGAUGACGUCACAAGCGGUAGAAAGGAAGUGGAUCCGCACGGGCGUUUACGGGCGGCUCAGGGGCGAAUGGGUUAAGCGAAAGUCAUGCAGUUAAUCUCUUUUACUAUUCGGCUUUCCAAACUCGAAGCCCGCUCUAUCUAGCGAGAAGAAAGCAAGGUUUGAAAGGAUAUUUUGCUAUCAAGUUCUGAGAAUAUUUUCUAUGCCUACUAUUGUGAUAGAUUUGCGCGUUUCGUUUACGCUUUUUAGGCUUGGUUAAAUCUGGGUAUUACGCGACAUAUCAGGUGUAAUUUGAGUUUGGAUUUGAGUUUGGCUUUUUGUUUUUUGUAACGUCCUUUUUUUAUUUACAGAUAACCAUUGAUAAUAAGACGGGCUGUGUUGGUGAUUUUGGAGCAUCAUCAGCGGCUACAGCCGCGGCGUCAGGCCUGAUUGCACUGACCUUGCAAGCAAAGUAAGUCAAGUAAUGCUUAUUGUCCUUUUCGACGACAUGAAUUGGUGUAAACUGACACAUUGUAUAUUCCCAUUUCCUUUUCGCCUUUAAAAAGUUAUUUUUCUAUGACAAUUUUUGUGACGUUUUAAUUCAGGGUGUAAGAAAUCCGAGCUCACCAGUUUAACUUGUUCUUUUACGUCUUUUUCUGCUUUCCUGAGAAGGGUGUAAAUUCUGACGCGAAAUACCGGCAGUGGAUACGGAUUUUAUUUAACGUACUAUAGAUCGUUUUCACUGUCACGCAACAAAAAAGUAAAUUGGAAACCGUCGAGUGGAAGAAGCCAAGAAAAUGAAAUGUUAUAAAAGACGUAUAUAUUUAACAAUUCGUUCAAGUCUCAGGUCUUUGUGGCCCACAGUUUCUGAGUUAUUUACCGAAACGUUUCACGCUCCUUUGUAGAGCUUUGUAUGGAAAUCAACAAAAACAUCUGGAGUUCACUUUUUCUAUAAAAACUCUUUCUUUUCACUCGAGAACUAGCAUAUGUGCGCAUAUGCAUAUCUUCUAGUACUUAAAAUGGUUAUACUGCUAAAAAUCAAGAGGAGGGAUUUUUUUUUCAACGAGAAAGCAUUCCAAUUUUGGUGUCACGCGCUGUAAAAACUCGAAAGUUCAAAUUGCUGUAUUUUCGAAAUGAAACAUGCUACGGAACUGGAAACUUGUACAAAGAUUUAUUUUUUGUUUUUCUUCAACCUAGUUUAAAUAAGAAUUCGUAAAACCUCGCUAUUUUGAUGACGUCACUGUGAAAACCAUCUAUUGUACUAUUUCACUGAUAAAGGGCGACGGUCAGGAAAAAUCGACCAAAAUUUUAAUGAAUGAUUUUCCAGUAAUCGGAGACCUAGUUAUGCGUACAGGAUUAUGGUAUCGCCAGGGGGCAAACAUUGCAAGUCGCCACAGAGAAAUGUAUAGCGUGGAGUUAAAGUAAGCCGUUGUUUCUCCUUUAAAAGCAGUCUCUUUGGACAUAGAAUGCCACAUUUUUGCCGUAAUUUGUGAGAAGCGGAGGUGACUAAUGUUGAAGCGUUAAAGUUGUAAGUUUUUGUGUGAUCAAUGCUGUAAAUUCUAUCGAUAAACACUCUAUCUUGCGUGAGGUCGACUGUGAAAUUUACUGAAUGGUCUCGAAAUAUAUGAGUACUAACUUAGAUAUUAAUGAGCGGGGAAUGACUUAUUUAAGCAUUUCCAGUUGUAGUUACAUGUGCUGAUAUUUACAACGAGUAUAACUACGCUCGGUUCGGCGGGGAUCGCAGUGCUGCGGUUGUGACAACGAUCGAAACUAUCGAAGGUAUGUAUCGAUAUGUAACUUUUAAAACAAAAACAUCUUCCCCACGUUGGCAUGUUGAUUUCUCCUCGCCAAAAACACCAGCAAAAUGUUUUGUCAUGGUCCAGAGCUGCAAUGAGUUCUAACGCCUUUUCCAAUCAUUUUGUGGGAGGAUAUAGAAUAUCUGAAUGUCGCACAUCCACUUGGUAUUUAUCUGUAUUUAUUCAGACACUCACUGUUUUUUUAUCGGAAAUCUUACUAGUUUUGCGGCACUCACUCGGACGAUUUCUCAUGCAUAAAUACCAUGUACUUUCCGUGAAAUAUUUCGUAAAUAUUACUUUGUUUGUUUUACCAAAAUAAAGGAGAAUUUUUUUAUUUUUAUGGCCACGUACAUACCUUUGAUUGCUGUCUUGUCAUGACGGGCGCAAAGCGCCGAACAGCGCUGAUCGCAGUCGAGCGUAGUAACACUCGUUGUAAAUAUUACCUCACGUAACUACAACUAAAAGGCUUAAAUGAGCCAGUCUCCCUACAUUUAUAUCUAACUUUGCACUAUAUAUUUCGAGACCUUUUCUUCAUGUAAAGCACAAUGUAAAUUCAGUAAACAUAAAUUUCACACUCAACCUUACGCAAGAAGGAGUGUAAGUUAUCCAUAGAAUUUAUCGCCUUAAUAACACAGAAACUUAAAAUUUCAACGCACCAACAUAAAUCACCUCCUCUUCUCACAAAAUCGCGACGAAAAUGCGUCAUUCUGUUUCCAAAGGCACUGCUUUUAACGGAGAAACUACAUUACGCCAUACAUUUCUUUGAAGCGACUCGCAAUGUUUGCCCCCUGCGAUCCCAGAAUCCUGUGCGCAUAACAUGGGUCUCCAAUUACUGGAAAAUCAUUCCGUGGCAAAAGUUCAGGAAUUUUCAUGGUAGUCCUACCCUUAGUCUGCUACACAGCCGUUUUUAGGGUCGUCACGCAAUGCUCCUCUCCACUGUGGGGAGGAGCGUUGCGUGACGACACUGGGUGCCAGAGACUUCUCUAGCGCGGUUUCCGGUUUCUAUCAAGUCUUCAGUUUAUAGUGACCGGCGCUUCGCCGCUCUUGGCUUCGGCCUUCCUCCAAUACCAAAAAUUCCCGCCGCACGCGAUAAAAACCUCUGGUACCCAGGGUAUGGUAGUCCGGAGGUAAUUGUGUAAACACUUCCAAUUUCGAAACCCAGAAAAUUAGAUAUUUACAGUCUAAAGGUUCGUUUUUCGUACUUCUUGUAGGUUUUCCCAUUGAAAAGUUGCUUUUUUCAAUCAAAAAGUGGGGUAAAAAGGUGAAACUGGGUCAAUUUUAGCCAUUUUGAAACCCAGCCGGCGACUCUGCGUGACAAUCUGUUCCGUGACUGCACGUGACAUAACCUACGUUUGAUUGAAGAGACGGAGCCGUCAAAAUGAUAGUCACGGAAUCACGGUAGUAACACAACGUGAUUCUUGAAAGAGUAACAUUUUCGAUGCCGAUAGUCAUGUGUUUUGAAGGAGAAAAAAGAAACAAACGCGCUAGAAUUCUGCUACUCAUUUUUUAUUGAAAAAUAAGGACUUUAACAAUAACAAGACGCUACGGAGCGUACACUUCGGCGUCGUGGUUGUGGAACUAAUUAAUUGUAAAUGCGGAGGAAUAGUAAGAAAUCAAAUAUGGUAAGAGUAAGGUGUUAAUUUGUGAAAUUAUGGGAUUUGUCAGGAUAUUCUGAAAAGAGCAACAUCCAAGAGGCCUACUUGCCAAAAACUAGCAUUUCAGGACAAAUUGUCUCCAAGAUAUUAUCCCAGUUAUGCUCUGAUGACUCCAUACAAAUCCUUCUAAAAAAAUAAUUCUCUAUUUUUCUUAGUCACAUCAGGCUUCAAAAACAGCUUAGCAGUCUCAUGUACUGAUUAAAGAUAUGUAAGGCAUGGGUAAGGAGUCAAUUACGUUGAGCAUGGAAUUGACUAAAACUCAAAGCCACGAGUUCGAAUGUUUUGAGGAUAAUUAUUCACUGACUAUCAGCAAGCAGGGAUGUCGGAUUAACACAAGGAAGUUUAACACCAAAGGAGCAUAGCCUUCACAGAGCUUUAAAACACAGCAUCCGCCAACACAAACUUGACUUGAACUUUGAGUAAAACUAAACAGCCUCUACCAAUAAUAACAAACUCUCACUUGAACUUCAGAUAUCUUACGGCUUCCGCGAACUUGUAAACACAGAACCUGAAAAUCGACCUUCGUCACACUUGACUUAACACAGCAGUCCAGCUCGUGGGAAAAAACUUGGUUCGUCAAAAGAACUCGCUUGGAACUUGUAUACCGUUUGACUUAAGGUUCUAGAAAAUACCAAAAAGGCGAAUAGUAGUAGCUUUUCCACAUAUUUUAUGAUUUCAGUAACUGAUGCAAAUCUGCUGAAAUGUAAACAUGCCCUAAUUAAUUAUUCAUGAAUAAUCCAAAUACGUAGAGAACGUUCGAGAAAGUCACGCAACGCAUGAAAACAAUUUUACUAAGUAACACUCAACAAAGAAAAAAUGUCUUUGUGCAGCAUUUUGUAACUUUAAAUUCAUCAUAAAACAGUUCGAAAGGAGGGCUCACUCGUGAAAUAUUUUUCAACACUCAAAGAGAAAAUUCGUGUCUCUGCGCGACCACGAAAUAUCCUCUAUUUAUUCCUCCAGUAAUUAAAGACUAAACUCGAAGUGAUCUCAAGAUAUCACGAAGUAGUCCGGUCUCAUUUCGUGAAAUAGUCGAAACAAGCCGAAAAGUCACGAACUUGCAGGCCCAAUCUUGUCCCGAAACUAGUGCAUCAUUUCAUAACUAUUUUUCAUGUCCCAAACUACCUUGGGUCGCAGUAGCUCAAUCGGCUAAUCCCUCAACUUACAAUCUCCUCUGAUCUGACGGGUCACACAGGUGAGUCGGUUCAAACCCCGGGAAAGCCAAAAUAAUAAUUCUUUCUUCCUCCAAAAAGUUAAAGAAUAAAUCAAACAAAUCGAAGUGAUCUCGAGAUAUCUCGAACUAAUUCGGCUCUCACUUCGUCAAAUAGCCGAACAGAACCGAAAACCUACAGACUUUGCUUGCCCAAUCUUGUCAAAAGAUUGCAACUUUGAUACAUUCCUGAGCGUCGCGAAUCCUUUACUUCGCGCUCCGCCGAAGUAAUAAUUCCCUAAAGAUGACGGAACAGGAAGAUUUUUCGUCAUGUUACUUUACUAUCGAGGAAACUUGGAGCCGUUAAAUAAGUUAUUCGGGUCACCACACUUUACUAUAUUUACCGCACUUCGGUGCUUUCAUUUGGAGACUGCCUUCAGGAACCUAAGCCAAUUCUUAGGUAUGUUUUGGAUGAAUGUCUAAAUGUGUGAAUAAACGAGGACUGGGAAAAUUUGGAGUUACAGUAAAAGCCAGCUUAUAAGAACCUAGAUUUUUCCAAUUUAGCCUAUAUAGGUUCUUAUAAAUAUCGUAUUUAGUGGGAUUUUAGGCUACUUAGGUUCCUAAAUAGGUUCUUAAUUUGAUAGGGGUACUUGCGAUCAGCACAGAUAAAUAUGUACUACAGGGCAUGUGCGAUAUGGAAUAUAUAACUGUAUGAAAUAAUUAUCUAGAAUACAGGUUAGAUGAUAACUAUACAGUAAAUUUAUCUUUCCAAAGUACUAGCAUGCAUGUCUUUUAUGCUGCAGUGUCCAUAAAAUGCCGUGUUUACAUUUUGAAUCUUACUGACUGAAACCUGGACUAAAAUAUUUUUUAUAUUUUCGUCUGUGCGUUAUUUUUGUCAAAUACGAACCUAUUGAAAAUUUUAGGCUAAAUAAGUUGUUAUGAAAAGGAAGUUUAAAAUGAAAAUUUUAGCGUAACAGGUUCUUAAAUUUUAGGUUCUUAUUCGCGGGUUUUUACUGUAUACCACAUGAAGAAUAUUGCCGCAGAAAACAACUAAUAAAUUAAAGUUUUUGUCACUGUUAAAACCUGUUCUUCAUUUUUGAAUUAUGUCAGUUCAACGAGUCUCGAUAUUACUUUGAAAUUAUCUUCUAAGGAAAGAAGAAGAGUUGUUCUAUUGAUGGAAAGUGUCCAAAUUUCUCCUUGUGGCCUUAUUUGUGAACGCGAGGAGAGUUGAUGUUAGCAAAUUUUGGGUUGAAAAUAAGGCCAUUUUGAGACUGACCACGAAAAGUGAUAUUUUUACUUUUCUCGAAAAUAAAAGGCUUUUUGCGAGAACAACCUGCAUCAGAUUAUCUACCUAAAAGCUAUUUAUGGCCGCGGACAAAAACUGAAGGAAACCGAUUUUUCAACUCUUGCCACUCGAUAGUCGAUAUUCCCCGACGGAUGUUACUAAAACGGGGAACGGGGAGCGGGGAACGGGGAACGGGGAACGGGGAACGGAAGUCUGGGAACGAGUUGUCAGCGGAAACCUCCACAAAAAUCCUAAAUGGCGGUCCAAAUAACGAGAGAGAGAAAGAAGAAGACAAAGAAAGGAAUUCGUGCCUUGGUUGAAAUCAGGUGGGGGCGAAAUUGCAAAUCAGACUCACAUUUUACGUUUACGUUUUGAGCAGGUGGUAUGUUUUUUCGAUAUUCAACCUGUUUCAUUUACAAUAUGAUAAGGUCUUAGGUCUUAGUUUUCGAGACACCUGGCACACUCACAUUACUCCUGGAUUACUCUGUUUACUUUAGACCGUCGCUUAAUCCUGCCUGUUUAUCCCCCGAAUGUUCUUUUUCCCACUCAGACAAACUCUUGGAGAGUAAAGGUUUUAUCCAAGCCCAUUAUAUGCCCUGUUUUGAGAAUGCUUGGUAAAUAACUCGCAGGCAUUGUAAUGAGAAAUAAACGUGGAAUUUAUUAAUGCAUGUACAUAUAGUGUUCUCGCGUUCUGUGCUUGAGUCAAACUUUGUACAGCUAUUAGUAUUUAAAAAUAACGGCUAAAACUUGGUUUUUACAAUUUUUUUUCAUAACUGGGAAAGCUUGUUGUUGUUGUUAGCGUUAUAUUAAAGUCAUUGAGUGAUGAGUUAUGAAUCGUUUAAGGUCAGGGUUUGGCAUUGAAAGCAGGGUUAAGCACUGACUUCAAGAAGGUGGUGGACAAAACACUGACCCCCAUUCCAUGAACUACCCCCAAUGACUACCUUAAAAUGGACUAUGCUACUGAAGUUAAGUGAUUAGGGUUAGGAAACUGAGUGAAUCAGGUUCCAUUUAGGGUCCUUAUACUGGGAAAACUGACCUAAAACUUCAUUCACUCAGUUUCCUAACCCUAAUCACUAAACUUCAGCGGUGUAGUCCAUUUUAGGGUAUGUCCAUGAAGUGUGGGUCAGUGUUUUGUCCACCACCCUUCAAGAAGUGUUUAUUCAGGUUUGUCACUAUAUUUACUGUACGUACCAGUAUUUGUUUAAAGCAGAUAGUAGCAGUUAAUCCGAGAUAUUUGAAGUUUUUCACUUGACUCAUGACUCAUCGACUCAAUUAUUUAAUUGCUUCUAUAAUUUCAACUCCUUGACCCAUAACGUGGCCUAAUUUUAAACCGGCAUUUUCUUGGCCUUUACUAGAAACUCUAAAGCUCAUUUAAGCAUGUUUUUUUCUAAUAUAAACACAACAAAUUGUACUGUCAGUCCUCUACCAUACCCCCUCCUGAAUGCUUAGGCCAAUAUUACAUGGCACAAGGCUAAAGAGAGUGAGAGACAUACUAGAAAUGCCACACUGACUACUGCCAACAUAUAGCAUGAUUUGUACCAAUACCUUUUUGUGCCAAGGAAGUGGUACAUUCAUGGUUGUCUUGUUGUAGUCCUCUAAGGAGAGGGAGGCUGAAUAGAGGAUUUACAGUAAAAGGUCUAAAGGGAAUUUUUGCCAGUUCACUCUCUAUGGAGAUGAAAGGGUUUGAGGCAAUUAUUCAGUUUUCCCCUUAUAACCUAGUUAUGGUCAAAAGAUACAAAUAUCAAAAUCAAUUUGAAAUGUCAUUCUGAAUAUAAAAUGGGUGUAAAAGCAAAUUCUAAUCAUUUUUUUAAAGAUACUCCUUUGUUGUGAAGGAUUUUGGUAGAGAUCUCUUGACUACCACAAUUUUGCUGGUAUAGGGUCUAUUAUCAACCCGUUAUCGCUUGAUAUAAAGGAAUGAACUGGCCCCCUUUUUGCUAAAGAGUAAUGUAUAUGAAGGGAACCAUACAAUAUCAUAGAAGUAUUUAGGCAGCCACUUACGAAUUUAAACUGUUUCAGACAUGUUAGUUUAUACCUAACCCAUUUGGUUAACUCGAACAUAAUGAUCCUAGUCAUACCUACUCGUACCUUAACCCUCCAAGCUUCAUUAUCCACAUACAAAUAACAUUGUCCACACUUAUCUCUUUACAUUUCCUUAAAGAUUUAGAUGACAGAAUUUGGUUGAAGAUUAAACCAUUUUCCCUUUGGUGAUUAUUUCAUUACUUGUCAUAAACAUUCCUCUGAAUAAUGUAUUGAUAUUGUUUCGAGAAAAUUGAUUUUGGUCUAUCAUGGGACUUGAAGAGUUAAAUUUUCUUUUACUUUGAUCUUUGAUAUGUUGUUAAAACAACCUCAUCUAAGGUAAUAACAUGGUGUAAUCUGGAUAAGCAAUUAGCAUAUCCCAUUUCUUUAGGCUGAUUUUAAAACUUAGCCUUGGACUCUUUCAUUCUAAAGUAAACUAAGAAAAUGUGAUGAUUUUAUAAUGUAAACUACACUCACAGAACGUGUUGAAAAGCACUCUAUACAAUAGUGAAUAUGCAUCACUAAAAGCAAACACAACUAAAUCAUAAUUAUUUUCACGGCACCUUCAUUUUUUUGGUUUCUCUUUUUUCCUUAAUCUGUGCCAGUACAUGCCGAAUUCUGUAUUAUUUGGCAAACGUGACACAAACAUCUUCUGACCUUUGAUAACGUGACAUGUUAUUGUACCUUACAAGCAGAGGAAAGUGAAAAUGGGCCGCAGAGGUGUCAUCUAAAGCAGGACGUAUACUUGUGCACCAAUACAAUUGCAAUUUUUCCCACUUUAAGUAUCUACCCUAAGAGGCCGACAAGAUUUUUCUGUAAGAAAGUAAAUUUGAAAGACUGGUCACCUGACGUCCUUUUUGGGCGCGACAUUACCCCAUCUUUGGUCUUUGGCGUCUUUCAGAUUGCUUAUUUUAUGAUACUCUUGACACAUGAUCAUAGUUACUAACCCUCAAUAUGUUUAGGUUAAUUUUGUUUAAUACUUGAACAUUUGUAAACGUCACUUCUACUAGGACGGACCAUAACUCAGCAGGAUUGAGUGAACCUGUAUUGCAAUAUAUCCUUUAUAGGUUUUGGCAGUUCAGCUGGAACGACAACAUGUGCAAAUGAAAAACGUGGAAAGUUUCUUCUAAUACAAUGGGGGGACAUGUGGUAGUAGCGGUUUGAUUUCCGUCCAAGUCGCCACUGCAUGUUUUGCUUCUCCCAGUACCAGUCAGCCUCAGGUCUAACAAGGAUGUAAUGGUCAUCAGGGGGCGUUGCUGGCAGGAAGUGUUGUUUACAGCCGUAGCAUUUUCUUACAUUUCCCCAAAUCGUUGCUACUUGAUAUGGGACAUUAGGUGAGGGCAUGGCUGGCUUGGGUCCCCUCAUACCGGUUGCCAUGCGGGUAUUACCUGUUGCGGGUGUGUGUGGAGAUGACAUCAGUGAUACAUUGUUGGGGUUCUGCAAACCUCGGGAGCCAUAACUGUGAAUUCCACCCUCUCUUCCACCAGUUGAAGGCAUGGCUGUUAUCCACGCAUUAACUUUGACCGGUACGUCUAGAGAUGAUUGAAGUGGCACGUCCAUAGGCAUAUCUACGUUCUCUAAACCGUGGGAACCAAGUGCAGGAGGUUCACAUUCAGGUGAAGUGAAUGGUGCAGGAUUAUCGUUCAGAAGUUCAGCCAAAAAUGAGAAUGGUCCAUCAGUGGGGUUACUUGUCGGCUGAGGGAGUGAUGAAACACUCAAUCCAGGUCUUGGAACUGGAUUUGAUGCCAAUGACUGCAUAGAUGAACAAGAGCCACCAUGUGAGAAGACACACUCAGAAACAGUACGUGCUGGAAGUUGGAUGUUGCCGAUUGAUAAAGAAGCACUUGGGGGAGGUGGAGGUAGAGAUAACAUCUGAUGUUGUUGUGGUUGUCGUUGUGGCUGCUUAGCACUCACACCAAAGACAUUUUCACAUGUAAUAGUGACAUCGCUGUGAGGUGUUGGUCCCUUAAAACGCUUUCGAGGAUUGUUUUUCUUCCUUCCCACGUUGGGGUCUUGCUUUCCUGCCAUGUUUAUGGUGGUAAUAUUAAGAACCUUGCUCUGUUUAUAAAAGUUCAGAUAUUUGGAUAGGAGGCCUUGCUUUUCAGCGACUGCUACGGCAUGCGAACAAACUCAAGCGAUUUGAAGCCUGGACAGGAACAUUUGACAACACCACUGACACUGCUGCUACACUUCACUGUGUGAAAGUUCUCACUGCUACUCUCACUUAUGACUAAGAAUGUAUCACAGUCUUCGGCUUGCUUGCCCGGAAAGAAAGGAGCACAUUGAACUGCACCAGGGGAGGAAACUAUCUUGGCCGCCUUCUCCCAUAUGUUCCUCAAUAUGACAUCAUCAAGAGGAAUGUCAAGCAUUUCCCAAGAAGCAGACAAAGGACCAACAGGCGCCACAUGUCCAAUAGCUCUGCUCUCCCCCUGCAACACUUCUGCCAUGGACAUUCGUCGCAUCUUCUUCACGUACGUUUCCCUUUGCUUCACCGUCAUCUUAAACCACUGAUCUACACUUAGGGCAAGGUGCGGAUAAUUCAUUUUGUACUCCCCUCUUCCUGUGAUUGCCUUAACAAAUUCGUCAUCGAAAUCAGCCCUUAGCUGCUUCAUAUCUUCCACAAACUUUGGAAGAGACACCUCUUGGUAGUUCUCUUUGUGCUUGAUUACGUGGUUAUUGCUCUCUGAGCAGUGCGUGUAGAACUUUUUUGGGGGGCACCCUAACCCAGCUGCCGUUCGUACUUUAGGAAGCAUCGUUUCUUUAAUCAUAGUAGUAGUUGUAGCAAACCAGCGGACGAAGGAUGGAGACUUUUCCUCCCAUUUUGUUCGUACAGAUUCAAAAAGAGUGUCAAACAUUUCAGAGGACUCUGCGUCAACCAGUCCUUCAUGGUAGACGCCAUCAAGGUGGUAACCAAAUAUCUGGUUUGUGAUUUCAGUCGUGCUGGAGUCUUCCAGGGCUUUAAGAUGGUCUUUGACAUUAUUGCGGAAAUGACUCAUACAUCUAAGUUUCACAGCAGAUGGAAAUCCCUCUGAGAAGGACUGUUCAAGGGGUUUUUCUCCGUCAGUACCAAAUGCCCUCAGUUCUUCCUUCAGACCUGGACAGUUCUUCUGAAUACAGUAGACAAAAUCUGUAUACACUUCUUUUGUCAAAUUCUGACUUAUCAGAAUGGGUCCUAUACAAAUAGGGUGUUCGCCAGUGCGUUUGGAGACCAACAAAAGGUCUUGAUAAGUUACUGGUGUGACACUGUACUUUCCAAUGUUGAAUGUGGGAUCAACUGUCAAUAUACUCGACACUAAUUCUGAUGUGCAGUAGCAUUUCAAAUUUUGAAAUUGUGUACUAGACCCCAAUACGAUAAAUAAUGGAUUUGGAUGUGUUUGGAUUGUGCGUAUGAAUGUAGUUUGACCAUCGCACCACCUUUCUUCGUUUGCCAUAGCUAGUAGACUUCCAAGAACGUCGUUUGUGCUCGAUUGACGAGCACACCCAGCCGUCUGUUGCUUCAUAUUAUAAGCUUGUUUCCGGUUCCUUGGGGUUACUCCGGCACUCUGUGCGUUCAUCGUUCCUCCUAACUCUCUUGUGGUUUUUUGAAAUGCCUCUUUAGGGAAGUGUUGCUGGAGAUUACACUUAAGCUUGUACUUGGUGGAUUCAUUUGUUCGUUGAUACGGGAUCUUACUUUUCUGUGAAUUUCCAUGGCACUUCAACACAAAGGGAUGCUCUUCUCCAGUAAAGUUGUACUGUACAAGUGCAAGGUUGCCUAGGAUAUCCCCAGAUGGCGAUCGACAAAAAGAUAUUGUCCUCUUGAAAUGGGGGGAAGAAGAACAUCUUCUGUACUUUCUUGUCAAAUGGAAAUAAUCUUCCCCCACGACUUUCGUUCUAGAAAUUUUGUUGCAACUUUCCAGCAACCCAUUUUCGAACUUUAAUUGGAACGUGUCAGUCCGAGAUCCAAGGUUUUCAUAUGAUCCGUUGUCAUCAGCUUCUAAGUCUUCCAAAGCAACUACUCUGAGAUCAACGAGAAAAGAGGCAUUGAUCUGUACACGACAGGGCUGAUGUUUGCAUAGGACAUUUUCCACAUGUUCUUUAGCGAGUAUUUCAAUGACUUUCUCUGCAGAAAAUAAAGCCGUGCUUCCUCUGAUAAAAAUAGGAGCACUUCCACAAAACUCUACCUCAUCUGGGUCACUGAAAAAAAUAUAAAUAAUUAUUAUGCACUGCCAAAAAAUAUAUAUAUAUAAAAUAGGCAGUUUUUCCAAGUUUCAUUUGAUCUGAAAGUCAUUAUUAAUAAUAAUAAUAAUUCAGAGUUUGAAAAGAAAACCUGUAUUUGCCUGUAUUUAUUUUGUGCAGUACAGGGACAUGGGCUGUCAGGUACUAAUUACGUGAAACGUCACAUUAAUCAGAUUGCUGAUUUACUGUUGUGUAGGAUGUGUGACAAAAGGGAAGAAAGAGUGUCACCUAGUGAGUGUGAAAAGUUGCCCAGAAGAAAUAGAAAAAAACAGGAUAAUGUGGCAAAGACUGCACACAUUUUAAGUCAUCUGAGUAAUAGCUGGAACGGAAGGAAAAAUGAUAUGAACAUGUACCAUGGGGUUUUGGAGAAUGAUCGAUGAAGUAAAUUAGCUACUUUAGGAUAUGACCAUGCAAUGUGAUAACGUUGUUAAAGUAAAAAAAACCUUACAUUUUAGUGCUGAUCAAGACGAACGAAUGUAUCAUUGUAGACAUUGCUAUACUAGGCCAAAGUAAGAUACAGGAACAGGAAUUUGAAACAACUGACAAAUGUCAAGAUUUGAAGAGAGUAAAUAGAAAAAUGUCGGGUGUGCAGAACGUGGACCUUGUACCAGUUGUUUUAGGGGCUAUGAAAAGUCUUACUAAGAAACGUGGACAAUGGAUUGAAACACUGGGGAUUAGAGUAACAAGUGGACUGCUUAUGAGCACUAGGAACAGGCAGGAUUCUAAAAAUGGUGAUUGAUUUCUGAGUACCAGUAGAGUGCCCCACAAGACAACUGGUUGUUAUAAUUAAUUGUGACCCACUCCCUUAGGAUGUAUGUCUACAUGAUAAAAGCCUGAGCUCAGAGCUAAUUGAUAACAAUGGUGAUGAUGAUGAUGCUGAUGUUGUUGAGAUGAUGAUGAUGAUGAUGAUGAUGAUGAUGAUGAUGAUGAUGAUGAUGAUGAUGGUGAGGUGGUAGUGGUGGUAAUGGUGAUGAUGCUGAUGAUGAUGAUGAUUAUAUAGAGGUAGGUCGAUUCUCAAUUUCCUUCGUCUCCCAGCCCUAAUUAUUCAUGAAUUAGGGUUAGGAAACAAAGGAAAUUGAGAAUCAACCUAGGUUAACUCAAAAUUAACCUGAAAUCAAAUUUGACCUGUAACAUAUAUACAUUGUACAUGUUGUGAUUCAACUUGAUCAUUGGCUUAAAUUUAUUGCACUGUGCUUUUUGGUAUGGCUAUGUAAAAUAAUAAGUGUGAAAUAUUAAGCUGGGAUAGUAUCAAACAUUUAAAAUCGUACACUGUAGUCAACUUUCUAGAGCAAAGAGAGAUGUAAUCAACUCAAAAAAAAUGAUCAAUCGAUAUUUUAAGUAGAAACAAGAUUAGUGUAUUAAUUACGUUCAGAGUAAACACUCAAUCUCAAAUCAUAUAUAAUCAGUUGAUCACUCAUCACCUUAACCCUUUAAGCCCCAAUAUCCAUGUGCAAAUUCUCCAAACUGAUCUCCAUACAUUUCCUUUAAGAAUAAGUUCAGAGAAUUUGAUAAAAGAUUAAAGCAUAUUUUCUCUUUGGUGAUCAUUUUAUUAGUUUCAUAAAUUUAUCUAUUGACAAUGUAUGGAUAUCAUUAGGAGAAAAUUGUUGUUGGUCACUAUUGGGACUUAAAGGCUUAAUAGCUGAUUCUCCAAUUUGUAAUCAAUGACUAAUCAAUACCCCACAAAAUGUUAAGUAGUUCAUCAGUCAUAGAUAUAUCAUAGGCCUUGUCAAAUUGGCCAAAACAAAAAAUAAUACACCCCCCUCCCUCCAGCAUUUUGAUUAGGAAAGUAAAAUACAGGCAAUGUUUUGUUUAUUAUGGUGCAGAGAAACACGUUUGAAAUAGAAAACUUCAUGUAAAGCAAAAUGUAUAAAGGGUCAUAGAUCUUUGUAUCUCAGGUGCAAAGAAAGUCUUGACAAUGUUAAUGCUCACUGGGAACUUGCUUAAAAAUUUACCUUGGUUCGAAUUUUAUUUUCCUUAACCCAGGAAAUAGCUACAUAAAAGGGGUUCAAAAGAAAAGUAAAUAAUUAACCACGGGUAAAAUUGGAACAAUAACGUCAAUUUUGUGUCAAGAUGGUAUGACACAAGGUGUUGUGUCAGCUUCAAGUUUUGAAAAAUGAGAGCAAGUGUUUUGACUUUGAUUAUGAUGGUAAUGGUAGUGGUGAUGAUAAUCUUAUGAUGAAAAUUACUUUGAAGAUGAUGAACAUAAAGAGAAAGAGAAACAAUCCAUGAUAUUAUAAAAUGAGAGCAGGAUAAACUUAAAGUUGGUGAUGAUGAUGUAGAUGGAGCUGCCUACUUCAAAAAGUAAAGGACAUUAAUUUUAAAACUGUACAUAAAUAUUGAAAAUGUCCUUCAUUGAACUUGGAAAUAAGGAAUUUUACUGGAGUAAUGGCUUAUCAAUAUUGUUAGAGACACUUUCAAGACACAUCUUUUUCGGAAAAAUGGUCGGCGAUGUUUGAGGGAAGAAUUUAUGGUGGCUUUAGCGGUCAAGAAGUACUUUUGGUGACAAAUUUCCUCAGAAGGAAAAUGAAGCAGAUUUUCAGCGACAACAGACCAUGGUCACACGCCACAGUCACACCAUCGAUGAACAUGGUCAAACAUGAACAUGGUUCGCAAUCAAAAACCAUGAUACCAUGGUCAAACUGUUGCCGGGGUAAUAGAGAGGGAGGGUUUAAUAGAUCUAGAUGAUUUAUGAUGUUAGAAGAAAUGGAGGGUCACUGUAGGCAUUCAGGACCAGGAAUCAGUUUAAUGACCCUCUUACACAAGAGGUACAUUAACUUGAAUUUUGUAAAAAAAAUUACUCUACUUAGCUAUAACCUCUGCCAGUAUGAUCAGGAAAAGAUAUUUAAACUAUCUAGAUAAAUAAAUAACAGACUGCAAAUUUAUAUAAGGAUUUCUCUUUUUUAGGCAUUGUAUAAAAACCUACCUUUCUUUUUGUUGUUCUCCUUUUUCCCUUUUUGUUGGAGUACUUUCCAAGGAGGAACUACUUAAAAUUUGAACUACCUCCUCAACAUCCUGUUGUCAGAGAGAAAUACUUCAAUUCAAGAUACUGAAGUAAAACCAUGUACAACAAUGUAAUAACUUUUAAUGAGUGAUGUACAUUUACAUCUUACCUGUACAUCAUCAUGCCACCUGACUUCAGGUAAAUCAGAAUCAGAAUCUGAGCUAUGAAAGAGCAAAAAAAAAGUCUCAUUGUAACAAACGGACCUGAAUGCCACUGUUUAAAAACGUGAAAAGUUUCCCACUGCAUAAGGGAGACAUAAUUGGCUUUGAAGUGUCGCAAGGAUUUGAGAGUUUCUUAACUUUUGCAUUUUUCUCGUGAUCACAAAAAAGAGAUUUGUCAGAAAAUAACAAUAAAAUAAUCCAGCUUUGUUCGGAGGAAAGUGCAAUACUGGCAAUUUUAAACUACAGUAGCUAUAGAGUUAAAGUUAUCGAAUUGGUGAUCUUUAGCUUUAAUAGAUAAAAUACUCCCAGCCAGUUAGCAAAGAAGGAGACAAAGACUGGAAAUAAGUCGGAAUAAAACAUGAUCCCUACAUUUAGUUUCAAAAAGUACGACACAUUUUCAGCAUUUUCAUAUCUACAUUUUUGCACCUGACAACAAUGAAAGACUGAUCAUGCGGUUAUUAAUUGUACUGCUGUUAUGAUUAUUUGAGUUAUAACCCAUUUUGUGCAUAGAUCGACUUACAACAAACGUGUAAACAUGUCUGCAUUCGGUUCAAUACGGCAUAGGCUACAAAAACAACAGAUCAGGAGGAAGUGAAAUCACAAAGAUCCUAAUCUUGUUGAGGAAAUGUAUACAACUUGUCCUCUGAUUUGUUGAUGUUCAAGUAUGUUCAGUUUACUAUGGUGUAAAAUAUUACUGCAUUACAAUGAAUACUCACCUUUCAGAAGAUCUAACUUCUAUCACACCUGAAAUAUAAGUGAUAGAACUAUUAGUACUCCGAGUUUUUUGGUCAAAAUUGCCACUUGGUUAGGAUUAAAUUCACUUGUGUUGACAGUAAAGACUCACCAGCCAUGUUUUCGCCUCUUUGCACGUGGUGUGUUCCUUUCUGUUAUUUCCAGUGCCUCUCUGCCAUUUUUCUGCCGUAAUCCCGCCAUUUUGGAUUUUUGUGGAGGUUUCCGCUGACAACUCGUUCCCAGACUUCCGUUCCCCGUUCCCCGUUCCCCGCUCCCCGUUCCCCGUUUUAGUAACAUCCAUUUCCCGACCGUCGCAGUUAAGUUUCAGGGAUAGCGGUACGGCGCGAAGUAAGAGGGAAGGAAAUCCCCUCACUCUUUUUUUCUACUCACAUCUCGUUGCGCCUUUCCCACGAUCUUAAAGCCUGGAACAGGCUAGGGAUAUAGCUACAAUCAAUGGACCAUAACAAUAUACAGACUGGAAGAUGCCGCGAAGACCGUGCGCUCCCCUUGAAAAAGAGUCAAAUGAAUAAAGGCGGUGGUAGGGAAAAGACUCUUUUGCACUCUAAGGUUGAACAGAUUUUGGUUUUUAGGCAAUCAUUGUGAAACAGACGUUCUAAAUGGAUAAGUGCACUAAGUAUUAAAUUUGAAAUUGCGGAUGGCCAUGGGCUGUCGUAUUUAAAAGUCAAUGACAAGUGUCAAUGGUAAAAAAAGUAGGUCAAGUUACGAAAUUCCGACGGGCGACACUGUAACGUUCUCAAAUUGCGACAUUACUUGUUUUUAAAUUCAGACGGAGGACAUAGGUACCCCCUCCCCUAACAGGGCCUCAAUUUGGCUUAGAAUUCACCUACAACAGCAGUAUCCUCGUGACAUUUAAAGUGUGCUGAUAGGUUAAUGCUAGCUGAGACUAAAACCUUGUUUCAGUUUAGAUGAUCGCGUCAUUCGGAAGUGUCGUUUAGCCGUUCACCCGGUCUCCACUAACCUUAUACAUCAGUUGGAAGGGGACGUUUGUAAAAGAACCCUUGACAUUUUUCGAAAAGAGUAGGGGACCUAGACCCUGGUGGCGUCGCCUUUGAGAGAAGAAAACUGUCACUUUUCAAUUUUUUCAGCCCUUACCUAACAUGGCGUGACGUACAACACAUCAUAGUUUACAGCUCAAGACCGGCGCCAGGAGUUACAGGAAUCCCGCUUAAAGGAGGACACUGGAUAGUGAACAAGGCUGGUUUAUAUGUCAGCAAGUUUUACGGCUUUGGGCUAAUGGAUGCUGGUAAGAUGGUGAGCCUGGCAAAGAAUUGGACAAACGUGCCUCCACAGCUGAGGUGCGAGAUAAAAGGCGGUGAUAAAAACAAGUAAGCUUACAGUUUUAAACUGUGACAAAGCACUGUGCCAUCUGAGUCCCUAUCGCAGUGCCUAGUUUCUGGAAAAAAUGCCUCCCAUCAGGAGUCCAUAUAUGGGAGCGAGCAACUCCCAUACUAGGCCUAUGUCACGACGUUUUUACGGGCCAGUUUAUUUUUAGACACAUUUUUGGGCGCUUUUUCCCGCGACAAUAGAAUUUCCACCAUGUCUAUGAGUGAAUUCGAAGUAUAAGAUAUCAAAAAGGAAAACUAAUCGUUAUUAAAAGGCCAAAAAAUAUCACUUUCAGGCCUGUAGGUUUUGCAGACUGGUUUGUGAAAUUUAACAGAUAUUCAAAAUUCGCGCCAAAACCGUUCUAAAAAUAGGCUGGUCCGUGAAAACGCCGUGACACUAGCGUAUGGAAGUUGCUCGCUUCCGGUUAUGGGCUCCGGCUCCCGUUCCCAUCAAAUUCAAAAUUAUUGUUUUUAAGAACUAUUUCCGAAAAAUCUACCAAGUCCCCUAGUUUCCUCCCAACGAUCAAGUUUACAUCAAAAUGAUCAAGAAGUCGAAUUCGUGGAUGUUGAAGUGGUGAGUGAAUCGGGGAAACCGGAGACGGAUGUUUACAUUAAAUCCACUUCUAGUCAUCAGGGAUUCCCUAUGCUCAAGCAUUACGUUUGAGGAGGAUUUGUUCUAAGGAGACUUUCUUUGAAGUGCGGGAUUUGUGUAGUUUUUUUAGUACAGAGGGGAUAUAAGAAGAAUUUCAUACAACAACCAGUGGAUAGAGCGAGACAAACACCCAGAGAUGAAGCAUUGAGGUAUAGACCAAAAAAAAGAAAAUAGCAGAAUUCCUUUCACAGUGACUUACCAUCCGGGCCUUCCUGAUAUCGAGGGCAUGUUGAGGAAGCUACAUCCGGUUCUCCACUCACCGCAGAGAUUCCGGAAUGCCAUUAAGGAAGUGCCAAUAGUCGCUUUUUCACAAAUAUAUAUCAGCAUAAAAAAAAACAGCUUUCUUAUGGUACUGUUUUUUUACACAACAUAUAUAUAUGUCUGGAUUUGCAAACACAUGGCUACAGAAAUCUCUGUUAUAUACCCUCUGACUGAGUCUUGUAGUGGAACAUGUGUUUUUUUUUUUUUUUUUUUUUUUUUUUUUGUUUUUUUUCAUAGUUACUUUUUAUUUAUUCAAUCGGUACCGGAUAGGCCACAGUAGAUAGACUUUGAUGAGUUUCUCGCUCGCUAUUAACCUAUUCCCCCCCCCAAAAAAUGUUUUUCAUAACUUCCCAUCAUUCUCUCUGUAUGUCAGUUUGAAAUCAGCGCGCGUAUUAGACUGAACUCGGCUCUCAUAGUGGGUUGUCUUAGAGUUUUUUUGGCUGCCUUGAGCAAAGUUUUCCGGAAGGCAUCAUUAAGCCUUAUGAAGGAACAACUCUCACGUCUGGCAAAGUCUGCUGCGUCCAAUAUCUUCUGGUAUUUCGUUUCAUUUCGGGCUACACGGGUGACAGACUGAUCCCGGGCUUGAGACUGAAAGAUUGGAUAUUGCAAGCUUUGUUGUUGGCAGUAACAAGUCUUUGGCCUCACAAAGUAGGUUCUAGGGUUGAAAUCUAUUAGGCAAGAUGGAAAUUCAUGCUGAUUUCGUUUUUAGUGCUCGUAUUUCUUUCCUCCCCAAAGGCCGGAAAAAAGACUCAGUAGCCAAUCACAUUGUAAAAAAUUGUUUGGUAAUCUGAUAGGCUCGGUCUGGGGCUUUCUGAACUGCAAUAAAUGUCAAAAAUAAGUGUUUUUCAACCGCCUUAGCGAAGGAAAGAAAAGAAGGAAAACGGUAACUCUAAGGUCACGUUCAGUCUUGGUCAACACUUCAUUUUACAUCCGGGAUCAUUGCAAAUAAAACAAUAAAGGAAUGUUGUUUUCGACUGUCAGUCUAAAAAGUCGUGGGAGCUAGGAAAAGUCUCCUUUUCAACCGCUGGUUUCCAUGGGACGAAUAAAUUUAGUGUGGAGAAAGUUCCAUGUGACGAUUUAGUUUUACGGAGUAAUUUGACGAUGUUCCGCCCAUGUUAAGUGUGGAGAUGUUAUAAGUGGUUUUGGGAAGUGUUGUGAUUGCCGCGAAAGUCAUUUAUUGUGUGAUGUACCGAAAGUGUUGACAGACAAAUUUCAGGUAUGUGCGGUUGAGCUCGUGUUACUAGAAUACUUUGUGUCAAGCAUAAAAACGCUUCGUGAGUGUUUAGUUCAGGUGAUUUUGUCUUAGAAAGCCUAUUCUGUGCUCAAAGAUUGUGGAUUCUUAAUCUGUUUUCAGCCAACACUGAGCUGUGGGCCUCACGGUUUGACUGACUAAAAGACUACAAUUUCUGGACGUUUCAAAUGUUGUUUAUUUCAUCGCAAAAUCCUGUUACUUCUGCGAGAGAACUUUACCGUCUAUUGCCAGCAAUAAUGCUGUCAUUGUUUAGCUUCAGCUAGUGACUUUUAACUGCUUCCCAUUCCACUUGGAUGUCAAGUAGUUAAAAUGCACUUGAAAUUUCUUUAGCCACGUUUUAACAAAUCGAGACAGAUAUAUAUAUAGAUAUAUAGAUAUAUAGAUAUAUAGAUAUAUAGAUAUAUAGAUAUAUAGAUAUAUAGAUAUAUAGAUAUAUAGAUAUAUAGAUAUAUAGAUAUAUAGAUAUAUAGAUAUAUAGAUAUAUAGAUAUAUAUAUAUAGAUAUAUAGAUAUAUAGAUAUAGAUAUAUGUAUAUAUACAUACUUCUUAAACAUUAAUAACAUAAAUUUUGGACAGCGCUCAACUCUGAGAGGUGCAGUGACUAUAAUGAUCAAUAGUAGAAAUCUUACUACUAUUGAUCAUAUAUAUAUAUCUUACUCCAAUGUAACUAAGAGAUGCAAUUUGUGUUAGUGGGAAAAGUAUUUUAUCAUUUGUAAACCGGAAAUGGAAAGUCUCAGUAAACAAAAGAAAUGAGCUGUCAUCGUGUUGUAGACAUGUUAGGAAAUUUCUGUUAAAAAAUGUAACGAUGUAAUGACAUGCCUAGACGUCACGUACGUAUCCAUUGUUCUGUAUUUAAAAUUUCUGUGAUUGUAACCGUUAUUUCUGGCAGUUGCCUGAUGAUUGCUUCGCAAGAAGCAUGAAACUCGGAGUUGCAGUAAAUGUUCAAAUAACCUAGCUCUUGGAGUGUAAUUAUAUAUAUAUAUAUAUAUAUAUCCAGUUAGAUGUUCACCGGCGAAGCCAAGACAGUGCUCUACUUGCAGUGAAGGAGCGGAAUAGACCAGUAGGUGAACUACUCAAAUCCUGAGUACAUUCUAAAAUUUAAAUUUCAAACGUUAUAUGUAACCGUUUUUAUCACGCGAUCACUUUUCUUGAUGUAGACCCUGUCGCUUCAGUGUUAUAAUGGAGUUUAACUGAAGAGUGGGUCACCUUUUCGGUGGCCUACGAAACAGGCUUGUAUUAAACACCCAUGUACUCAGGAUUUGAGUAAUUCACCUACUGGUCUAUUCCGCUCCUUCACUGCAAGUAGAGCACUGUCUUGGCUUCGCCGGUGAACAUCUAACUGGAUAAUUACGCUCCUGCUUAGUAGAGCACUGUUUUACCGAAGAACCAAAGAUGCAACGUACAUCGUUCAACUACUCAACGAAGAACAUCCCCGUUGCACCAGCUAAAGUCUACACCAAACGUCUGAUCGAGAAAACGGAACAGUUCUUAAGCAGAAUGAGAUGGAAAGCUUUCCACUAUUUAAAUCCAGUUACAGCAGCAGAAAAGGAAACAUUCGGCAUCAAAACUAGGAACUGCCCGCCAGUCGUUGAAGAAAUGAAAAGUUUUGAAGAAGGUAUGAUACACAUUAUACAAAACAGUUCUUUUAAAGGCACUCAAAGCCAAUUUCAAGAAGGCCUAGAAGAGGACAUUGCUUCCGUAAAAAAUGACAGCCGCUUGUUCGUUAAAGCAGAUAAGUCCACAAACUUUUAUAAAUUGGACGUGCCAGAAUAUAAACGACUGCUAGAGGCCAACGUAACAAAAACCUAUAGGAAAGCCGAAAUUAAGCAGCUCACGAAAAUUGACGAGGAAGCCAGGACCAUCACAAAAAAACUUAACAUAGACGACCGGGUAGAAUCUAUGGCAAUGAAAGAAGCGUUUAUAACGCUAAAGGACCACAAAGAAAAUUUUGAAAACAAGCCUACUUGUAGACUGAUUAAUCGUUCAAAACCGGAGAUAGGGCGUAUAAGCAAACAAAUCCUGGAAGAAAUAAAUCGGAAACUCGUCGACAUCACAAAAGUCAACCAGAGGAAGAACACAUCCUCUGUGCUCCAAUGGUUCAAGCAGCUGGCUAAUAAAGGCGGCUCGGCAUUUAUAUGCUUUGACGUCGUAGAAUUUUACCCCUCAAUUACCGAAGCCCUCCUAAAACGCGCCCUUGACUUCGCCUCUGAACAUGUGAACAUCUCAGCCAACGAACGACAAGCAGUCAUCAAUUCCAAGCACUCCCUGCUAUUCAGCAAAGGCCAACCAUGAGAAAAGAGAAAUUCAACAUCAAAUUUUGAUGUAAGCAUGGGAAGCUACGACGGAGCGGAGACUUGUGAACUGGUGGGCUGUUAUCUCCUGUCGCAGCUAAAGCAGAUCCCUGGAAUCGAAAUCGGCCUUUACAGAGACGACGGGCUUGCCGUACUCAAUCAAACACCAAGGCAGAUAGAGAAGGCAAAAAAACAAAUAUGCCAGAUAUUUGCGAACAACAACCUGAAAGUCACAGUUGAUGCAAACAAGAAAGUUGUUAACUUCCUAGAUGUAACACUGGAUUUAAACACCGGAAAAUUCAAACCAUACUCCAAACCAUCCACCACCUCGCUUUACGUUCACAGCCAAUCGAAUCACCCACCCAACAUCCUCAGAAACAUACCCGUAGCAAUUAACCGGCGGCUAUCCAGCGUUUCUUCCGACCACGAGGUUUUUAAUGAAGCAUCGGCUCCGUAUCAGGAAGCAUUACGAAAGAGUGGCUAUGCUUUUAAACUAGAAUUCAAGCCACCACCACAGCAACCACCAUCUCAGAAACGCAAACGACAAAGAAAUGUUAUAUGGUUUAAUCCACCAUAUAACAAAAGCGUCAAAACCAACAUCGGACGUGCGUUCAUCAGCCUCAUUGAAAGAUCGUUCCCAGCGGGCCACAAGCUGAGGAAAAUUUUCAACAGGAACACCAUAAAGCUCAGCUACAGCUGCAUGCCCAACGUCAAGCAAAUAAUUGAUGGCCACAACAAAGCUAUCCUGAAGAUGGCAGAAACAGCGCAGCCACAGAAAAACGACGAGAACACGUGUAGCUGUAGGAAAAAAGAAGACUGCCCGCUAAACGGAGAAUGCCUGGUGAGCGAAGUAGUGUACCAAGCCACAGUCACAACCGGAGACGAAAAGGAGACAUACAUCGGUCUCACAGCUACUCAGUUUAAGGCAAGAUACAGAAACGACCUGAUGUCAUUUAGACAUGAAAAGAGAAGGAAUGAGACUGAGCUGAGCAAGCACCUGUGGCAGCUAAAGGAGGCAAAUAAGGAAUACAAUAUCACGUGGAAAAUACUCGCCAAAGCAAAAUCUUACACCAACCUUACAAAACGUUGCAAUCUAUGUACAACAGAGAAGUUCUUUUUAAUCUGUAGGCCUCACAUGGCAACACUGAACAAGCGCAACGAACUUGUCUCUACAUGCAGACAUCGACGCAAGUUCAUUCUAAGGUACAAUCGAACAUGUGAAAGCCAGAGAUUGUAGCGCGAGCUUUCGUGCGACUUAGGUUUCGUAUAAGAGUUGUAGGCGAUUGAGAGCGAGCGCGCGCUUUUCAUUCUAAAAUUUAAAUUUCAAACGUUAUAUGUAACCGUUUUUAUCACGCGAUCACUUUUCUUGAUGUAGACCCUGACGCUUCAGUGUUAUAAUGGAGUUUAACUGAAGAGUGGGUCACCUUUUCGGUGGCCUACGAAACAGGCUUGUAUUAAACACCCAUGUACUCAGGAUUUGAGUAGUUCACCUACUGGUCUAUAUAUAUAUAUAUAUUACUACAGCUCUGUUUCGUGUAGCCACAAGGAUUGAUCGUUCUAUGUGCACUAUUCAAGUAAUUGAUAAAAUCUUUAAGACUUUCCUCUCCCUCUGUCCAGAUUAUAAAAAUAUCGUCAAUAUACCGCCACCAAGUUUGGGGUUUUAUUAAAGCUUGUGAAAUCAAUUUUUUUUUCUAGUUUGUCCAUAAAAAUGUUAGCAUGCGACGGUGUUUUCUCGGUGUUGUCCACACCGUUAUAAAAAGGUCCAUAUCUUUUGAUUUAUUGUCAGGAUAAACAUGACUGCUUUUAUUUUCAGACCAAUCCCAAGUACAGCUUCUAUAAUGUUUAGAGAUUGUUCCAUAAAAUUCCUGGAACACGUUCAAGUCAAAGUAAAUCUUGAUUUCGCUCGCCGCGGAGAUUUGUCUCUGCAGCUGAAGGCGCCAAGUGGUACAACCUCGCCUCUCACUCGAAAACGCACUUUCGACAACCUGCUAGGUCACAGAAACCUGACAGACUGGGUCAUGACAACCUUGUUUCACUGGGGAGAAAGUCCUGCGGGCGAAUGGGAGCUUAUUGUUGCUGAUUUUGACAAAAGAUACCCUAGUACAGGUGAG